CGUCACUUCCUGUAAGGCAGGUUGUGUUUUGAAAGCGGUGUUUACCGGUGCCUCAUGAAAGCGGACUCCUGGGAGCCGCUAGGGGUGACAUCAGCCUAAACGGCGGCUCCAUUGUGUCUGUCAGAGCAGGACACGUUAUCUCCGAGUGCAUGGCGCUGUCCCUCAUCAUCAAAUGGGGCGGCCAGGAGUUCCCCCUGUCUGCCCUGUCCGAGGAGGACACUGUGAUGGAUCUCAAGCACUCUCUGAAGAGCCUGACUGGGGUCCUACCAGAGCGCCAGAAACUGCUGGGUCUCAAAUAUAAGGGUGAGUGCUAGGACAGCCUGCUAUCAGUCCUGCCAGGAGUACCCGGCUAUCAGCCCUGCCAGGAGUACCCGGCUAUCAGCCCUGCCAGGAGUACCCGGCUAUCAGCCCUGCCAGGAGUACCCGGCUAUCAGUCCUGCCAGGAGUACCCUGCUAUCAGCCCUGCCAGGAGUACCCGGCUAUCAGCCCUGCCAGGAGUACCCGGCUAUCAGCCCUGCCAGGAGUACCCGGCUAUCAGUCCUGCCAGGAGUACCCUGCUAUCAGCCCUGCCAGGAGUACCCGGGUAUCAGCCCUGCCAGGAGUACCCGGCUAUCAGUCCUGCCAGGAGUACCCGGGUAUCAGCCCUGCCAGGAGUACCCGGGUAUCAGUCCUGCCAGGAGUACCCGGCUAUCAGUCCUGCCAGGAGUACCCUGCUAUCAGCCCUGCCAGGAGUACCCGGCUAUCAGUCCUGCCAGGAGUACCCUGCUAUCAGUCCUGCCAGGAGUACCCGGCUAUCAGUCCUGCCAGGAGUACCCGGCUAUCAGCCCUGCCAGGAGUACCCGGCUAUCAGCCCUGCCAGGAGUACCCGGCUAUCAGCCCUGCCAGGAGUACCCUGCUAUCAGCCCUGCCAGGAGUUGGUGCGGUGUUACCCUGCUAUCAGCCCUGCCAGGAGUUGGUAUGGUGUUACCCUGCUAUCAGCCCUGCCAGGAGUUGGUGCAGUGUUACCCUGUCCUGACCCUUCACCAGGGCAGUGUGCCUCUGCCAGGCAACAUAAAGAAUAACAGACUAACAUGGUGACAUCUUCUAGCAGAGCAUACACAUUAAUCUUUAUAUUUUUACUUCAUGAUACAUUUUACCUCUGGUAUGGCCAUACAAGUAAAGCUACUAAUAUCACUGUUGAUGUGAGUGAAUGGUGGCCAUAUGCUCAAGGCAGCAUUACACAUUAAGCAUGUGAGGAUGAUGGUGCAGCCCACAACAGAUACCUGCUUGCACAAUUCAUAUAAGUGUGACAUUCAAUGUAUACAUAUGUUGGCAUUUUCCUUUGCAUAACGUAUUGUUUAAAAUGCAUUACUUAUUAGAUGGGGAUCAUGCCAUCAACACAUUUUGGUGUCAGGUCCUUUAUAAAGUAAGCGAGAGUUUUACAUUUCUAUCAUUAGUUAACAUUAUUCAUUUAAUUUCAGUUCACACUUUCUUUUUCACCCGUCAUGAGUAAACUUGCCUGUAUUUAACUAGAUUCAAGCAGUUACAUUGCAGUGUAGUGAACCAUGUGAUGUCUUCCCAGAAUCCUGUACAAAUUAUUUGGACUGAUAUAAGGAGCACAUGCACUCUUUAAGGCAAUAAAGGAAUUCUGUAAAGAGCAAUUUUGACACUUUUACUUUGUCUUUUGGUAAAACUUAGAUUCCUUCUUCCUAUUUUAGUUGACCAACAUGCUAUAAACCAUUCUUUAAAAUCUAUUUAGGAAUUGAGAGUCCCCAAUCUAACCUCAAUAUCAGCUCGCAAUUACCAUCUGGACAGUCAGGUCAACUUUGGGUUAAUACAUUUUAGGCAACUAUAAUAAAGCCUAUUUGUUUAUCGAUUUGAAUGACAUUUUUGUUCUGAUCUAUGUAACAUAUAUUUUCUCAUUAUGUUUUAACAACUGCACCUACGUAUUUUAGCCUUCCAUAUACUAAUACUCAAGAGGAAUUUCCUUAUUUUCCUUUUCAUGCCAAAUGGUCCUAGUUCAUCAAAAAAGGCCAGUCAAGUUCUUCCAUGCCAAACUCAUUCAACCAUUCCUUUAUGGACCUUGCUUUUUGCACUGGGACACAGUCAUGCUGGAAUAGAAAAGAGACUUCCACAAAGUUGGAUGCAUAGCAUUGUCCAAAAGAUUGCAAUGGAAGUAAGGAGCCUAGCCCAACACCUAAAAAACAACACCAUGUCAUUAUACCUCCUCCACCGAAACUUUACAGUUGGAACAAUGCAGUCAGGCAUCUGCCAAACCCUGACUCGCCCAUCAGACUACCAGAGAAGUGUGAUUGGUCAUUCCACAGAACAUGUUUCCCACUACUCCAGUGACUACAUGCUUUAAGUUUACACCACUCGAUCUGGCGCUUGUCAUUCUACUUUGUGAUGUAAGACUUGCAUGCAGCUGCUUGGCCUUAGAAACCCAUCCAUGUAGCUUCCGACACAUUGGUUUUGUGCUGGUAUUAAUUGGAGUAAAAGUUUGAAACGCUUUAGUUAUAGAAUCAUCAGAGCGUUGGUGACUUUUACAUUCCAUGUGCCUCCUCACUCUGACUUUACGUGGUUUUUAGAGUUCAGACUAAAUUCUUCCCCUUUCCAAUAAUACCGCUUACAGUUGACUGUGAAAUCAUUAUCAUUAAGCCUUAACCCAUGUACUACUUUUAGUACUUGACUUUCUGUCUUGUGGUUUAUUUAGAUAUCUCCAGAAACACUCAAUGGCAUUUUACCAUAAUACAGGGUUCAGCCUUGUGUGUGUAUCUCUCUCUCGAUGCUCAUGGUCUAUCACUGCCCACUACCGUUGGUAUGUGUAAAGCAGAGCACAUCUCAGCCUCUGCAAAAUCAUAAUUGGAGGCCUAGCUGCAGGCUGUCAAGGACUGAUGAUCUCUGCUAAACAGCGAGUAAAUCAUUUAGCAGUGAUGUGGCGAUUGGCACCCACAGACUCCAGGGACCAUAGCCACUUGACUAAGUGUUUAUAUUGUCUUGAGGGUUCCUUUAAUCUUAGGGCAGCAUGCUCUACAUUCCCAGACACGUUGCACACAGACUGCAUGCACACCACAGACAUUGUACGCAGCCACCACACACUAUGGUGAUGCACAAGGUGAGACACUCAGUUAUUCAGUAAAAUAAAAGUUUCGUACGUUAAAUCCAAAUGAAAAAAAAUGGAGAACCCUUUUUGAUCAAUUUUUGUGCCUCUGUCCCCUCCCCCCCCCCAUUCAACAUUUAGUAAAUUAACCAUGUCAGUGUUCAGUGCUCUAGCCUGGAACCCCAAUCUUAAAUUAUUUUGUGUGUCUGAGCAAGAAAUUUGGGCUGCCAGUUUAGUUCCCUGGACGAGUACAUUUAAAAAAAAAAAUUAAAAAUAAAUAUAUAUUAUGUAUAUUUCCACAUCUCUGCACUAGUCUGUACAAGAUUGUUAGUUAUACAUCGCUUAAUGGGACGCUAUAAACACCAAAAUAACUGAAGUGACUUUGCUAGAUUAUGCUCCUGCAAUCUAACUGCUGUAUUCUCUGCCAUUUAGGAGUUAAAUGACUUUGUUUAUGCACCCCAAGUCACACCUCCCUGCAUGUAAUCUACAUAUUAAAGAUUUUCCUGUAAAGAGAGAUCUAAUGUUUAAACUUGCUUUCUUGCACAGUAUGUUUUAAUUUAGUCAGUUUAAUUUAAAAAUGUAUCUCCUUUGUUAAUAUCCCAUAACUCCAUAGAAGCAAGAUGCUGGUGGGAGGGAAAUAAAGAUGUUAGGUCAGUGACCCGUAUCGGUUCACAAAUGUGAUUUUAAAAAAAAUGUCAGAUAAUUCAGCAGUGAGCUUACAGGGGCAUGAUUUAUCCACUAAAACUGCUUCAUUAAAAGUUGUUUUGGUGCUCAGAGUAUCCGUUUAAAAUUAAUCUAUCACAACAGAUUCAUUUUAAAGGAACACUAUAGCAUUAGAAAUUCGUAAUGCUAUAAUUCCCUAACUAAAAUUUAGGUGACCGGGCUCCCCAGCUGCAGGGGUUAUACAAGUUAGUUUACUUUUUCUUUACCCCACAAGUUUGCAGUGUGACAGCCACUAGAGGCCGGUUAACCCUGCAAGGAAGUUCUUGCAGAAUUGCAGGGUUAAAACAGGGCACAUAUGGUACCCAGACCACAUCAGAAGUGUCCUUUUAUGUUAUAAUUGUUCUUAAAUCUAUUACCAUAUUAAUCAUCUUAAAGAUAAAUAAUUGCUUUAGGAGAUAUUUUGAUAGGUCCAACAUGCCAGGGUUGCCCUGAUCGAAGUUCUGUGUAUUUUACAGUACUGUAAAACCUAACUCCUGGUUUCACCCCUCUUUUGACAUGACUGGCCUUGCUUGGGAACACUUCACCCCCGUGAUAUCAGCAAGAUUUUUUGCCAGCAUAUUGGUGUCUGAACAAAGAUUAUCCUGCUCAUCCUUUUCAUUCAAUUUAAUAUAGUUGUUUUUUGUUGUUGUUUUUUUAGCUAUACAUUUGUUAGUAAUGCUGCUAGCAUAACAUAUAUACUUGUUCUUGCCUCUCAUAUUGUGUGCAUAAUGACAGACUUUCAAUUUCUUCAUAGUGCCUAACUGGGCAUUUUACACAGAAUACAUCCCCUCCUUCAAAAGUGUCGGAGCAACCCUUUAAAGGACCACUAUAGCCACCCAGACUACUUCAGCUCAAUGAAGUGGUCUGGGUGCCAGCAGUGGUGUAUCUUCCGCGAGGCAAACAAGGCAUUUGCCUUGGACGGCACUUUGCAGGGGGUGGCAAAAAAAGCCACCCUCAAAUGCCCAGACAGGUCCCUUGUUUGCCUCGUGUCCUGGGUGGCUCAAGAGCUGGCCACUUUUGAGCCCUCCCCGAGGCGGGCAUUGAGGGAGCAUGCUCAGCUCCUUUGCACGCUGCUUAGUGAUGCCGGGAGCCGGAGUGACGUCAUAUUCCGUCUCCUGGCUUCAUUAAGCGGUGCGCGAGAGAGCUGAGCAGGAAGAGCUCAGGUGAGCAUGCUCCCUCAAUGCCUGUCUCCGGGGGGGGGUGUCUCAAAAACUGCUAUGUUUAUAUUGGGGGAUAAUACAGCCUUUAGUGGCUGUCUCUCUGACAGCCACUAGAGGCUCACUGAGGACAUGCUGGACGUCCAUAGGAAAGCAUUGAAUAAUUCUUUCCUUUGGGCAGUUUGAAUGUGCGCGCGUCUCUGGACGCGCAUGCGCAUUCGGAGCUGACGUCGGCAGAGGAAGGAAAGGUCACCAGUGCCAAGGUAGCCCAGUAUUGGAUUAAGGUAACUGGCUGAAGGGGUUUCAACCCCUUCAGCCCAGCGAGAGGAGGGGGCACCUAAUAACCCUAUAGUGCCAGGAAAAAGUUUGUUUUCCUGGCACUAUAAUGCUCCUUUAAGUUAAAAUCUGUAUUAUAUGAGCCACAGCCGUGACUCAAAGUACCUCUUUAACUUUAGCUAUGUUGUGAGAAUGUGUUCGUUUCAACCAAACUUUACACACUGGCUAUUUACAGAAAACAAAUCUGCUUUAUAGAUUUUUUUUAUUUUUUUUUAUUUUUUUUUACCGUAGUUUGUACUACUUUUUGGCUGUCUUUAAAAUCAAUCAAAUCUUCACCUAGGACAUACUUGGAAAUGAGAGAAAUCUCAAUGUAUCCUUCCUUGUAAAAUAUUUUAUAAAUUAAAAAAAAAAUAGCCACAUAAAACCUUUUUGGAAAAGACAGCUCUUUCUCAGAAAACCCUUUUUAUCGGAUGUUAUUUCUUUGUGCUGACAUUUUAUCUCCUAUAGUAAUAUACCAACUCCCUAGCACCAAGCAAUAUCUCAAUAGGGAGGAUAACUUAUGUCAACACCAGGUAGGUUUUCCUUCCCAUGUUUAUAUCAAGCUUUGUCAAUGAGGAUACUCCUAUGACCUAUGUAUAUAUAAAAAUAGCUGAAAUGCUGACAUUUUAUCUUCUCCUAAUUUAUAUAAAUACGUAUAUGUAAACAUGUUGUAACAUCCUGCAUAUCUGGAUAGUGUGUGUAUGUAUAUGUGUGUGUGUGUGUUUUAGAAAACCUGUUUAUCAGCUGUGUAAGUUUCUAAUUCGUCAUAAUUAUUUUUAACAAAUUGUUUUUAAUAGGUAAACCAGCAGAAAACAACAUGAAACUGGGUGUUCUGAAACUCAAACCAAAUACCAAGAUUAUAAUGAUGGGGACACGAGAGGAGAGUUUGGUAAUACUAUUUCUGCUUUUUAUCACUUUAUUAGAGUUGCCAUUUUUAUGGAGCUAGACCGAUAGAUUUGUGUAUUCAUUAAACAAAAUAUGCUGUAAAUCCUAGUUUUAUAGAGACCUUGGAGAACCCUAGGGUCUUUAUUAGCACCGGAAGUUGCUUUGUUGUAGUGCAGUUGGAUGACUGUACCUUGUGGGACUUUUAGUAUCAUGCCUUUUGUUUGCAGAUAUAUAUAUAUAUUCUUUAUUUUUGCAGUGCAAAAAGUAAAAUACAAGCAGUUAGAGACAUUUUUAAGAGUAUAGGUUAAUAAGAAGGCAUGUCAAGCUGUGUCAUGUAGAGUAACAGCACUUUUUUGUUUUUUAGUAAUCAUGCAAUAGUAACAGGAGAGACAGCGAGUCCAACAGCAUCUGAAUAUGAGGAUAAGAAACUUAGAAUUGCUUUUUAGUACCUAGAACUGGGUAAAGGGAAUUUGCCCAAGCAUAGUGUACAUAAGUAAAUCGUAUUAGGCAGUCAUAUUUGUGCACACUGUAGACGCCCUGCUCUGUUCUAGCGGUGGUCCAGUGAUUAGCGUAGUGCCAUGAAAUUUUUAGAAAUAAAGCAAGUAACACAAAUUAAAUCUAACACCUUGGCAAAAUAAACAUCAGAAAAUAAACUAAAUUACUGAGCUAGAGGUGAGAGAACAUAACACAUUGCAGCUCAGUCAGUGCCCUCCAAUGGCAGCUUGUCCACCCUUUGGGACCACAGACUUAGUAGAUUAUUCCACUGGAGAAGUUGCUGAGGCGAUGUCACUUUGUGCAGGGUGAGCCUAUGAGGACCUCAUCAGCCUUCCUAUGGGUGGAUAAAGUCCCAAGAAUAUUCUCCUAGGACCAAGGCUCAAGGAGUCUCUCGAUGCAGUCCUUGCAGGUAAGGAGUGAUAUGGCUUAAGUCGCUAAUUCCUGGCUCUUGUGGAAGUUGCAGCCGCCUUCACUCUUAUACCUCUGGAUGGCAACCACCGGGGUAAUGCAACUAUCCGCAUUCUUUGUGUAGGUGAAUGCUCUCUUUCAUACAGCCUGUUCCAAAACCUCUCAAUUAUUAAAGGGACACUAUAGUCACCCAGACCACUUCAGCUCAAUGAAGUGGUCUGGGUGCCAUGUCCCUCAGGUUUUAACCCUUCAGGUGCAAACAUAGCCGUUUCAGAGAAACUGCUAUGUUUACAUUUGGGGUUAAGCCAGCCUCUAGUAGCUGUCUUCCGGACAGCCACUAGAGGCGCAUCUGCAAAGCUGGAGGCAUAUUAUGCCUCCCAUCGCGCAAAGCGUCCAUAGGAAAGCAUUAAGAAAUGCUUUCCUAUGGACACUUUGAAUGCGCGCGUGGCACUUGCUGCGAAUGUGAAUUCGGCUCCGCUGACGUCGGCGGGGGAGGAGAGGUCACCAGCUCCGAGGGAGCCCGGCGCUGGAAUAAGGUAAGUGGCUGAAGGGGUUUUAACCCCUUCAGCGCCAAGGGAGGGGGACCCUGAGGGUGGGGGCACCCUCAGGGCACUAUUGUGUCAGGAAAACCGCUUUGUUUUUCUGACACUAAAGUGAUCCUUUAAAUUCAGCUUGGUGAGGAUAUCUGCAUUUUGGCUGUUUGGCGCUAGAGCGCACAUGGCAUCUGCCAUUACAGGAUCGCUUUUGCUUUAAUGAGCCUGAUGCCACCACCGUCUUGGCAUGCCGGCUGUGCUAUAGGAACUUCGGGUGUGGACCAGGAUCACCCCUACCGGUCAACAAGCAUCCAGUGAGCGGGAAAGCUACUCUCUCUCUCCUGCCCAGCACACAAAUUAGGCCCAAUUGCUUCUUCUGUGGAUUCUGUAGGCUUGGAGGUCUUUCAGAACGCAUCCAGCUGCCAUGCAUGUCAGGCCCCCCACCACAUUUUUAAUUACAUUUUUUUAUUUUUAUUAUUAUGUUUACAAAGCAAGCUUUUGGUCAUUGUUAGUCUAAGAUGGUCAUUCUAUGGAGGGCUUUACGUCAUGUUCCUGGAGGCAUAGAAUUCUAAGGAACCAUGCUCCUGCUUCCCCACCUCUUUUAUUUAUAAAACAGAUAAAUAAUUAAUACAAAUAGAGACGCUAAAAAAAGGUUUUCGCUAUUGUGAGGCAUGUAUGGGAUAUAAGACAAUAUUAAACAAAAGAAAAUAGAAACUUUAAAUUCUUGUGUCAAUGGAAGUACGUUUUUAAUUCUUUUAUCAUAUAUAGCUCUAAAAAUGUUGAACAUAUAUACAAUAUAAAAAGAGGAUAUCAAAACUGUCUUUAUAUAUUUUUUUUAAUUAUCACAAUACAAAAAAUGUUAUGCUAUAGUAAACCAGAAUGUUGAAUUUACACUCCAUCAAUAUGUGAGUCAGACUGUUUCAAUGUAGUUAAGAAAGGGAAUAAAUGUAAGUAAACACUUGUCAUAGUCUAAAAGUAUAAAAUGUAUUCACUUGCAUAUCAGUUAAAAAUGCAGCAUAUCUAAUAAAAAAAAAAAAAAAAUUCACUAUAAGCUGUCCAAUGCGUUUCGUCAUGUGACUUCCUCAGGGACAAAUAAUAUUUACAAAUACAGUAAGCAAAACUUAUUUGAUCUCUAGGGGUUCAGCUGAUUGCUACUCACAUUUCCUUUUAUAAGUUUUCGGUCAUGUGACUUGCGCAAUUACAUACUUCUUUCAACUUCAUAUUUCCAAACUUUUGUAUUAUGCUUUCCAACCUGUGUUCCAGUGUUGCAACGUCUAAUUUGAGAGUCCCGAUUGUCCUCAAUAGUCCAAUUUGUCUCUUAACACGAUUUGCUAAUCUCACCUCAUUGAGAACUUGCAAAACACCACAACCAUAGAGAAAAUAAAAUUUUACAAAGGGCUAUCAGUAAAAACUAUAGUAUAUCUUGAUACAAAGCCCCAUAAUUGGUGCACAGGUGAAACUAAAUUGUAAAUAAAUCUGGUCGGAGAAGAAUAUAUUAAAACUAAGAAAUAAUAAAGAAAUAAAUACAUUUAUGAAUUUAAAAAAAAAAAAUACUAAAAUAGUAAAUAUAUCUGAAAAGAAUUGAAGUAUAAAAGUAAAAUGUAAUUUAAAAAAAUAUAUAGAAAAAUAAAGCCUAACGAAAUGACAAAAAUAGACUUAUGCUGUGCUUCACACUAUACGAAGGGUAGCAGGAAGUGCUGAGUGCUUCCAGCCUAUCACUGCCGCAAUCCCUGGUGUGAAUUCCUAGGGCAGGAGGUGGAGUAGAGCUCUGCCUUUGUCAUAUUAUAAUUAAGGCCUCUUGCUGCAGGCUGCCAGAGAACAUCUCUGCUAAAUCAUCAGUAAACUGUUUGAUAUUAAUACAGGACCCAGCGCCCAUGGACUCCAGGCACAACAACCAAUCAGUUAAAUGUCCCUUAAUUGUAGCCCAUUGGCUCCCUAUCCCAUCUCUAGCCUGCAUUUAUAUUGAUUUCAGCGUUGGCACUUGCAUCUCUUACAGUCCAUUUAUGUUUGCAUUUCUAAAGAGCUUAAACAGACCAAUGCUACGGUAUUUGCAACAGCUCCAGCAGUACUUGUUCUGGAAAACUGAAGCCAGAGGAUAAGCUAAAUUCUGUAUAAUUGCCAUCUUUCAUGUACUGUAUAGUUUAUGUAAAACCAGAAUAGCUUUCAUCAUGCAUAUGAAGAAAGCUAGAUUUCCUUAGAGUAGAGCUGUCAUUUGUGUAGGUAACAAACCUGAUGAUGGUGGCACAUGGCAGGAGAACCACACAGGAUCUUCAGUGGAUUUUUUUUCACAUUUAGCACAUACGUUUAAUACAGUUGUCUUACUCUUAAAACCAAAACUCUGGGGGCGGGGCCUAACCAUCAUGGCCGCCGGACUUGUUUAGUAUGUGCUCCUCACACAACUUCUAUAAGAUUAAAGCGAAGUGGCAUUCCCAGGACAUACCCAAGCACUUACCUGAUUCUGAUUGCUGAUCUACUUACCUGAUUCUGAUUGCUGGGGUACACUUUCGACCGAUCUUGGAGUCACACUGUCUAGCCAGCGGCCUGCAACGGCUACUGGGGGGACCUACGGAAGGGAGAAACGGACAAUCUUCCAGCCUGGAACCACAGGUGUGACACAGCUCCCCCCCACCCCCUCUGGACCGGUGGGGUAUAUCCCGGUCCCCACUGGGGGAACUACUACUGAGCACACACAGCGCUAACGUGACAGCCUGUCCAGCCACAGCAAUCCCUCGUGGCAUGGUCAAAAUGGCUGACACACGACAGACUCACUCGUGUUCAAUUGGGAGGCCAAAUUCUUUGCCACAUUUGAUGCUAUCUGCACUUCUUUCUAGAACCAAAUAGAAUCCUGUACAAAACCAAUGCACCUAUCUCUAUCUACUGCCAUGCAGCCUCCUACUGGCAGCAUCCUUGCCUCUGGACUUUAGAAUGGUAUGGCUCAAAGCCCUUACUCACCAGCACCUCCAGACGUGCAUGUAGGCAACGCUGCAGCCCUGACCGCUCGCACUUCUUCUGAGCUGGGUUCCCAUCUGGAGGUAUACCUCCACAGCCGUCCAUACACUUUUUUUUAUUUGUUUCCCUCUUAAAAUAAAAAUAAAAAAAAUUCUGCACGAGUCACGUUAUACUUGUGUUCCUUAACCCUGAGUGGUUACUACCGAUUUAUUUAAUUUUCUGUCUGUGAUAUACUGAAUGGCAUGGCAAUACAACAUGUACCCGCCCAAUUUGCAAGCUCUUUGCCCACUAGCAUACUCAUACCGUUGCAUCAAUUACUCUCUCAAACUUGCUUAUUCCCGAGUUUGGUAUGCCAUUCCAGUCCCUUACCCAUUGUUAAGUCAGCUGUUUAGACAUAUUAAGUCGUAUUUGCUUUACUUAAAAAAUGAGGCCAGCUAGUUUAUUGUUGGACAGACCACAAACCAUACCACCACAUAGCCUUAUGCAUCUCAUGUUAUGAUACAUGCUGAUACUUUUAUUAUUGCUCCUGAUAUAUAUCUACUGCUUGUAUCGAGGUGGUGUUGUCGCCACAAUACUGUUUUAUUUCUGAUUCAUGCCUCAAUAAAAAUACAGAUUUGACAAAAAACAAAACUCGGUACACUUUCUUUUUAUUACUGUUAUUUAUAUUAUUAUAAUGCAAAUUUGAAUGUCUUGCAUUUUUUAAAAAUAUUUAUUUAUUUUGGGACACUGUCAUACAAACAUAUCAAAAAUUGUUUUUGUUUUUCUCUUUACUUUACAGGAAGAUGUGUUGGGUCCCCCUCCUGAUAAUGAUGACAUUGUAAAUGAUUUUGAUAUCGAAGAUGAAGUUGUAGAGGUGGAAAAUAGGUAACAUGUUUCUGUUCUACAAUCACUAAGCCUGUGAAUGGUUCCUGUUUUGUCCAAACAAUUGUCAGUCUCCCAAGUUAAUAGGUACAUUAGAGCACCUCCUAGGGAAAAAUAUUGAGACAUUAAAAUAUGUAUCAUAAAUAUGUAGGAGCAGAUAUUAAAAGUUACUCCAACCCUUAUGGAGAGGAGACCAUUCCAGUGUAAAAUACCCUGUAGGGCACUAUGGAGAGGCUCAACCCCUCUAAACCUGUAAAAUAAAAGUGUAUUAGUUACCUGCAAUCUAGGAACUGCUCGCGGACCAAUCACAGGCUUCUCGUUUGGUCUGUUUUGCCAGUUCAGAGCAAAACUCCAGGCUGCUAAGGGGAGGGCUCAUAAAAAAAAAAAUCAAAAAAAAAAAUCGCAGAGGACAAUGUAAGGAUGCUGAUAACAGAUGUAUUUUAUACAGUGAAUUGACAUUGAGAGCCCAGAACGGAGUUCUGGACUGUCAGUGUCACAUGUGCUGUGGAUGCAACUAGCUAAGAGCACUCUAUUAAUAUCUCAGUUUCUUCAAGCAGAAACACUGCACAGACAGUUGGAUUGAACCGUUGCCAGAGAAGUCAAGCCUCAAUUCUUUUGUCAAACUUUGCCAAGUCUCAUUUUCCCGCAAUACUCACCUGCCUGUCACGUCCCUGGUUUGUAAUCUUGCGAUCUAACCUGUGUUCUUGAUCCUUCCCCAAGCCUUACUCACACAUGUACUAUGCUGCACAGUUUCCAUUGCUUUUGGGCUCCUGUGCAUGCAAGUUAAAGGACCACUAUAGGCACCCAGACGUAAUGAAGUGGUCUGGGUGCCAGGUCCAGCUAGGAUUAACCCUUUCUUCUAUAAACAUAGCAGUUUCAGAGAAACUGCUAUGUUUAUAAUAGGGUUAAUCCAGCCUCUAGUGGCUGUCUCACUGACAGCCGCUAGAGGCGCUUCCGCGCUUCUCACUGUGAUUUUCACAGUGAGAAGACGCCAGAGUUUGUUUUCCUGGCACUGUAGUGGUCCUUUAACUCAUGAGGUGACACUUGAGUUUGGAGUUGCAUGAAUAGACAUUAAUACUCCUGGUAAAUGUGUUGCCCAAUAACUCCCUUUAUCGUCAAGUAUUUUUAGUUUAUUUUUUUAAAUUUAGAUUUUAAUGUAAAUUAAUUUAUAUAGAGUCCCAUUUUUUUUUUUUUUUUUAUUCUUUUUUUAUUAAACCAAAGGUACUCUCUGCCAUUUUGGUUUCUAGUAUUUAGGUCUAUGAUUAAAUUAAACACUCCUGCACUAAAAUGUGUACACUUCUGUUUUAUCUUCGGAUGAUACAUUUAUUUAGCAGGACCUUAAACCGUUUUUCUGUACCCAAAUGCCCUGUGUACGAUGAUUGAAUACAAUCAUCUCUUGCAAUAAGCCACUAGGUACAAAUGGUACAAAUAUUUGUGUUUCAUUAUGUUUAACCCUUUACAAGCCAGUUUUAAUGCUUUCCUAUGGACUGGCUGUGCGCGCAGCUCCUGCCGCGCAUGCGCAUUCAGCCGAUGACGACAAGGAGGAGGAGAGUUCCCAGGGCUGGAAAAAGAGGUAAAUUUAACCCCUUUCAGCCCCUAGAGCCCGGCAGGAGGGGGUCCCUGAGGGCGGGGGCACCCUCAGGGCACUAUAGUGCCAGGAAAACAAGUAUGUUUUCCUGGCACUAUAGUGGUCCUUUAAGCGUCUGCAUCAGCUUGCACAAAAUCAGGGAAGCUAAAAAAUGUGAGCUCUUUUUCAGGAAGUGUGUAGGGAAAAUGUGUGUGUCACAGCCAGGGGAGGUGUAACUAGGGCUGCAUAGUGUUUUAACUCAUACAUGGCAGAGAAUUAAGCGGUGAGUGUCCAGGGCCAUCAGUAAAGAGGUUUCACAGCCGUUAUCUAAACACUAAUACCACUUAAUUAACCCCUUAAAUUCUGGACUGAGACAAAACCUAGGAAUUGUGUUUUUUGUUUGUUCCACCUAAAUUUAAGGGCUUCUCUUUAACCCCUUUAAUAUCAUUCAUAUUACGCAUGUUUUUUCAAAGGAGAGAACAGGCUUUCUUUUAAUAUCUUAUAUGCACAAUAUUAAGUGUGACAAAAAUGCAUUUUUGUUCACAUUUUUUCUUAAUAAUUUUUACACAUCCAGUGUAGCUAAAGAAAAUAACUCAGAAUAGAUUCAUGUAUUAGUCCUGAUUGUAAACUGCCUCAUAUGUCUAGGAUCUAAAUUAAUUUUUGCUAGUUAAUGUUAACCCUAUAACAACAUUCCCUAACAUUAUACUUAACGCAGCCAUACCUAUAAUCCUAUGCUUAUAUUAACUAUCCAUAUACCUACCCCAACCUUAACCAUAAACUAUCCCUAACGCUAAACCAGCAUUCACCCUUGUCUUAUCCUAACCUUACACUUAACCCCAUAUAAAAACCCUCUCUGCUAAUAGCAGUACGGAUAUCAGCAGCAGCUGGAUUUCCUAGGUAAAGGGACACUCUUGUUUAUAAAAGUUGUUUUGGUCACUAUAAAGAACCAGGGAAGGUUUUUAAGGAAGGAAGUUAGACGGAUAUAUAAUACCUUUUUAAAAAGAACUAAAUAUCUCAAUCGAGUUAAAACUUAACUUUUAUUUUGUAUAUUAUUAAAACAAUGUGAAAAUAAUGGGUGAAGUAAUCCGACCUUCCUGGAUCAAAAUAAAUGUAAAUUAAAUAAUAAUCAGACCUCACUGGGUCAAAGCAAAGAAUAACUCCUAAUAACGAAUUACUGGGUCAAAGAAAAUAAUAACCCCUGAAAAUAAUGAAAAGAAAACCAGAAAAUUAAAAAUAAUACAAAUUACUAGACCUCGCUGGGUCAAAGCAAAAAAUAACUCCUGAUAGUAAUGAAAAAAUCCCAAGGGUGCUAAAAAUAAGUAAAUAAAAAUGCUGCAUAACCUGCAAGUAGAGUAUGUGCAUAUGAUUCCUAUAUUAGCGAGCCAAAGGACGAACAAGGGCUGUCUGCACAUACAAAUAUGUUGUAACUAGGCAGUAAAAUGUUAUUGUAUCAAACAAAACAAAAAUAUAUGGUAAUAUAUGAAGUAGUAACCUGAAACAGGGUGCAGACUGGCGCUCUCUUAACUUGUGACACAAGAAAUGGCAGGGAGAAUUAUCAACUAAGUGGUGGUUAAGCAAAUGUCUAAAAAAAAUGCAUAAAUUGCUAGAUACAAAGUAUGUGUACUCUACAUUGUGCUUGGAGGGCACCCCAUUCAUGUGAAUCCCACCACUAAAACCUUGGCUAAUCUCUUAAAUGAAGUGACUACUACAUUGGGAUGGCAAAUUGUCCGAAAGCAAGAAAAGAGGUUGCACUGACUUGCCUACAAAAUGUUGCUAAAUAGCAGUAAGACAAAUAUACUGUAAUAAUCAAAUCCUUGUCAGAUAACUGAUAAUAUCAUUGUAAAGAUCGGUAAGUCAUUAGAGCCCCUGAUGCCCUUUUUGCCAGUGGUAGCUCAUCAUAGAGGCACCUCUGUUUCAAGUUACUACUUAAUUUAUUACCAUAUAUUUGGAGAUAUAUAUCUUUUUUUAUCUCCUGCUCUGUAAAUUGAACUUUAGUCGCACACACUUGAACUUGUGCAGGGUCUAACAAGCUAUUAACAGAGCAGGAGAUAAGACAUUCUAAAUUACACAGAAUUUACAAUAAAGAAAUGUAAACAUUAGAUGUAUCUUUACAGGAAGUGUUUAUGAAGGUUGUGCAAGUCACAUGCAGGGGGUGUGACUAGGGUGCCUAAACCUAGUGAGUUAAAUGGCAGGGAAUUGAGCAGUGAGACUUCAGAUGCAUGAUCUGUACACAAAAACUUGUUUUGGUGAUACUAGUGUCCAUUUAAUACAGUAGAGCUUGGUGCGUUACCGUCAUCUACUGGCUGUUUUCGAGGAUAUCUUCCCGUAUUGCUGAAACUUCAGCAUGCUGUAUCUGCCGAUUACACAGUGAUCGGUGCAGGGCAACUGGCAAAGUCCAACACUGAUCAAAAUCGGCAAGGUGGCAUUUAAUGAGAGCCUGUUGGGGUCUUCCUCAGACCAUCAGUUGAGUUAGAGGCUUAUAUGCAGUGCUGUCUUUGAACACUGCAUAUAACUCAUGGGUCAAUCUGGGGCCACCAAAAGUGGCCCUGGCUGACAGAGGGGAGCACCAGGUAUCUAUUGGUACAUAGCCCUCCUUGAAGUGAGCAGGGAGUUAACCCUCCACACAUCACAUUGCAACAAUAGGGAUUCAAUCCCUAUUGAAAGCGCUGUAUGCACCACACACUAUGAGCACUGCAUACAGCUCAUUUGUCAGUCUAGGGCCACUUAAUAUGACCCCAGCUGACAGAAGGGAGCCCCAAGUUUUAAUACCUGGACUUCCUAUUGUGAGCAGGGAUUUAACCUGGCUCACACCAAAACUGCAGCGUGUUCCAUGCUGUCCUAACGUCUUUAAAGAAACACUAUAGUGUUAGCAAUACAAAACUGUAUUCCUGCCACUAUAGUGUCCAUCUGCCCCUCUGGCGAACGCCUUCCCCUCCCCACUGCACACGUGCAGUGAGCCUCCCUCAUAGGAAAGCAUUAAGUGUUUUCCUAUGUUUUUUUUUUAAGGUGUUGGAUGCCUUCAUGCUUUGCAUGAAAGGCCAGGAAGUGUGACUAGUGUCUGUCUGGUAGAGAGGCUGUCUGGGAGUGGCAGUCUUAGCGCUGCAAUGUAAACCUUGUUUUCACUUGCAGGAUUAAGAAGACAGGGACACUGCAUCCAGACCACUUUAAUGAGAUGAAGGGGUCUGAGUGCCUGUAGUGUUCCUUUAAAGUCUAUUUUGUGGAGGACAGCAUGGAACAUCCUAACGUCAGGAAGGGGUAAAGCUAAAUUUGUUAUGGUGUUUAGUGUCUUUUUUUUUUUUUUUUUGGUAGACAGUUGUUUUAGAUUUGUUGUUAUCUCCUUAUUGUGCUGCAUUACAGUUUAGCAUGCCUGACACUGUUCAGAAGUCUGACUUGAGUUUCUUCCAAAUGUGUUAUUUGCAUUAAGCAUUGAAACACAUUUUUGUUUUGCAUGUGACUGCUUGACACUUGGUGAUCAAGAAUAAUUUUGAAAAGAAAGUGAAAACAUUAAAUCUUUUGGUCCCAUUCUUCGAUUCCCUUGUUUUAACAUUAAACUCUUUUCCUAGAGAAGAAAAUCUUGCCAAGAUUUCCCGUCGGGUGAAAGAUUACAAAGUAGAAGUUUUAAAUGUCCCAAGGGAAGGCAAGAAACUUCUAGUUCUAGAUGUCGAUUAUACACUAUUUGGUAAGUUUGCUGCCUGUGUUGUACCUGCUACACUUGCGAAAAAUCCAAAAUGAAAGAUUUGGAAAUGUUUUUGUACUUUAUUUUGUGUGUGUAAUAAAAUUCUCUGCCAGGUACAAUAAUACUUAAUGGGGGUACAUACAUGUGUGAUAUAUUUUAAUUCCUUAUUUAAAGGACCACUAUAGUGCCAGGAAAACAUACUUACAUACUUGUUUUCCUGGCACUAUAGUGCCCUAAGGGUGCCCCCACCCUCAGGGUCCCCCUCCUGCCGGGCUCUGGGGGGCAGGAAGGGGUUAAACGUACCUCUUUCUCCAGCGCCGGACGGGGAGCUCUCCUCCUCCUCUUCGGCUGAAUGCGCAUGCGCGGCAGGAGCUGCGUGCGCAUUCAGCCAGUCUCAUAGGAAAGCAUUCAUAAUGCUUUCCUAUGGACGCUGGCGUCUUCUCACUGUGAUUUUCACAGUUAGAAGCACGCAAACGCCUCUAGUGGCUGUCAAUGAGACAGCCACUAGAGGCUUUAGAGGCUGGAUUAACCUAUUUAUAAACAUUAUAUGUUUAUAAAAAAAAAAUGGGUUAAACCUAGCUGGACCAGGCACCCAGACCACUUCAUUAAGUGGUCUGGGUGCCUAGAGUGGUCCUUUAACCAUGGCCAAAUGCAUAUUCAAAAUACUCCUUCAGAGCGUAGAGUAAUAGUAUGUUGUAACAUAAAAAGUGCAUAGGGUAUAAGUCUAGCACAGGUUUCUGGCCAUGAACCAAGAUUUUAUCUAGAAAACAGAACCAUGUGUGAUAUAGAGCGGGUAUAAUUAUAUUAUUCAUGCCAGUGAUUAAAAGCACAGACCAAAACGGCAGAAAACCUUUUGUAUGUAAAAAAAAAAAAAGUAAAUCCCAGUUACUCAUGCUAUUUUCCCACUUAGGAGCUGUCGAUUAUACAUCAGCGCCUCUGCGAUUUGAAAAAUGCUUUUGUAUGUAAAAUGUCUUAUCGUACAAGUUAUGGUGGGAAACCUUUGCACAUAGAAGCUCACGAUUCAGAUAACUGUAGUGAUAAUAAAACACUCAAUCAAGUACAGUUCAUAUCACAUCCCUAGCAAAACCCUAUUACAUUUAUUUUAGCCCAACUGUAAUCUUUACAUUGUGCUGGCGAAAAAAAAUAAAUACAUGACCAGAUCUUGCCAGCAAAAAAGUAAAUUUUCUACUGUAAGCCUCUAAUGCAGUAUAAGCUUUACAUUGUGCUCUCCCAAAUUAAAGUUGCUUCUAUCAGUAAGUUUGCUUUAGUAGUUUUUCUGCAUGGUUUGAGAGCUUACAUGGGUUCUGCACUAUUCAAGUGCUGUACACACAGCACAUGUUUGUGUGCAGCAUUGCUGCUGAAAAUUAGAUCAAAUAAACCAGUAAAGGCUUGAUUCAGUAAACCAUUAAAUUGAAUGGCAAAUAUGUGUAAUGUUCAUAGUUUAGUGAAUAAACCCUGUGACGAUAGUCACUGUCUUUGGGGAUGGAAGACAGACACUGUGUGGGCCCCCAAAUUCGUCCAGGGUGGAAAAGGCCCUCAGUGAUCCCAGUCAAGCCUGAGCGACUGGGCCUGAUAGCUAUGAGGAAUCAGACCUGGCGGAGGUACUUGGUCGGAGUACUGGAGCUCCGUCACAAACCCCAUCUGUAUAAUAAAGCAACAAUUUAUUCAGAUGCGUCUGAACUGGCUAGAUGUAUUGCUCUAACUGCCUUGUUGUUUAUAGUAAAUGGGGCACACUCCGAAACACACACACACACACUACAGCAUGCUGUAGUAUAACUUGUGCUCUGUUUGCCUGAUUAACCUUGAAGGAGGUAUACCGUUUUCUUCAUCUUGGCCAUUACUUCAAUACACUGAACUGCAACCUUUUUUUUUCAUUUAAAGAUGAUGCAUUAACCCUUACAUGUAAUUUUUGUACUAUUCAAACGCACACUAUUCCAGGGAUGCCCGGAAGGUACAUCCGCUUAAUGCUACAUCUCAGUUCAACUUUUAUGAUGGCAUUAUUUGGUUCAGAAUAUUAGUGUGCUCUCCUGUCUUGCUAAUGCUUGCAAUCAGCUAGGUGAAUUUGGCUGUGGAGCCUGUAGAGCGCCACCUGUUUGUUGCAAGGAUCUAACAACAGCUAUAUGCACUACCUGAAUAGCAAGGCUUGCAAGAUGUGCAUAUUGUUAAUUCUGCAGACAGGAGAGAUAUUUUGUGUUGUUUAUUGACUUCCCUACCCCUUUGUAGAUAUGUUGUGUUAUUAUUCCAUGUAUGUUUUCUGACAUGUUUUGGUUAGUUUAAUUGUAUUUUGGUUGUCAAAGCAAUCUUAAUGUAAUGAUCAUAUGGGCUAGUCCCAAGAAAAUUAAGCGUGUUUAAUUCCAUUUUGCAUGGUAAUUCCAUUUGGAACUGGGUCUCCUGUGUGGAUUUUUAGGAGUCAAUAGAGAUAGGCCUGAGAGCCGCAAGUGCCUUUGUAAAGGCAAUAUCUGGCACUAUGAGCAGAGCUCCAGAGGAAUAGGCAGAGGGGACGAUACCUACCUGGAAGGAAUGCUGAAGCCAGAAAGACCCCAGUCAAGCUGGGGCAGAAGUGCUUCAGGUUUCCCGGUACCAACUAGGGUGCGAGCUUGGCAAAGGUACCCAGCCGUACAGGCAGCUCCGUCACACUCCACUUUCAGUGUUUUCCUUUGACCUUCAAAUUCAUUUGUACUUCACAACACAGUGGUGUGAGCUCCCUGGUUUCCAAGUACUUCUUCAAACUAAAUAUUAGGGAUCACCGAUUAUUAAAUAAAGAUACCGAUAUUGCCGAUAAUGCAGACCAGGACCGCCAUCAGGGUCCUGGGGGGCCCAGCACACUCUUACUUACCUUCCCAGCAUCUUCCUCCAGCUCCCCUAUCUAAAUCUUGCGAGUCCUGCGGCCGUCAGAGCAUUGCCACGGGUUACCAUGGCAUCGCUCUGCGCGGCACACAGGCCGCAAGAGUUAAAGAGGGGAGCUGAAGGGAUCUGCUGGGAAGAUAAGUGUGUGCUGGGCCCCCUCUGCACAGUCCAUUCCACCAGACCACCAAGGAAUGACAUAUCCCCCCUCCCUGGCCAGGUAAGAGCAGGGAGGGGGGACUAAAACAUAAUUUAAAAAAAAAUUAAUAUUUAAAAAAAGAAAAGUUACAAAAAUAAAAAUGCCCUCCCUCCCCCAUUUUACUCACGUAACAUACCUACACAAACACUCACUGCUCAAACACACACAAACCCACACUGCAUUCAUUAUAUACACACACUACACAAACACGCUGCAUUCAUUAUAUACACACACACACACACUCUGCAUUCACUAUACAAACACUACACAAACCCACUCUGCAUUCAUUAUAUACACACACUACACAAACCCACUCUGCAUUCAUUAUAUACACACACUACACAAACCCACUCUGCAUUCAUUAUAUACACACUACACAAACCCACUCUGCAUUCAUUAUAUACACACACUACACAAACCCACUCUGCAUUCAUUAUAUACACACACUACACAAACCCACUCUGCAUUCAUUAUAUACACACACUACACAAACCCACUCUGCAUUCAUUAUAUACACACACUACACAAACCCACUCUGCAUUCACACACUACACAAACCCACUCUGCAUUCAUUAUAUACACACACUACACAAACCCACUCUGCAUUCAUUAUAUACACACACUACACAAACCCACUCUGCAUUCAUUAUAUACACACUACACAAACCCACUCUGCAUUCAUUAUAUACACACACUACACAAACCCACUCUGCAUUCAUUAUAUACACACACUACACAAACCCACUCUGCAUUCAUUAUAUACACACACUACACAAACCCACUCUGCAUUCUACACACACACAAACCCACUCUGCAUUCAUUAUAUACACACACUACACAAACCCACUCUGCAUUCAUUAUAUACACACACUACACAAACCCACUCUGCAUUCAUUAUAUACAAACACUACACAAACCCACUCUGCAUUCAUUAUAUACACACACUACACAAACCCACUCUGCAUUCAUUAUAUACACACACUACACAAACACACUCUGCAUUCAUUAUAUAUACACACUCUGCAUUCAUUAUAUAUACCCACUCUGCAUUCAUUAUAUACACACACUACACACACACUCUGCAUUCAUUAUAUAUACACACUCUGCAUUUAUUAUAUACACACACUACACAUACACACUCUGCAUUCAUUAUAUAUACACACUCUGCAUUUAUUAUAUACACACACUACACAUACACACUCUGCAUUCAUUAUAUACACACACUACACAAACACACUCUGCAUUUAUUAUAUACACACUACAAAAAAACCACUGCAUUCACUAUAUACACAGUAUACAAACUCACACACUGCAUUCACUAAAUACACACUACACAAACACACACUCACUCUGCAUCCACUACAGAAAAACACACACUGCAUUCACUAUAUACACAGUAUACAAACUCACACACUGCAUUCACUAAAUACACACUACACAAACACACUCACUCUGCAUUCACUACACAAAAACACACACUGCAUUCACUAAUCAAAUACUCUCACUGCAUCCAAUACACACACACACACACACACACACACACACACACACACACACACAUUCUUGAAAACAUGUAUAUUUUGUGGGUUAAUGGGUGAGAUUACUUUAAAAGUAAACCUCUGGUUAGAGAAUGAAUAAUGGCAAGGCUAAACCACUCUACUGGAAAUAAAGAGACUCCACUAAAAAUCCCUUAUGAUGCAAAUAAAAGAAAAAUUAAUUGUAAAAUUAAUAAAAUAUCCAGGAAUAGUAAAUGCCUUAAAGAUAAUAAUUAGUUAAAUAAAAUAAAAUAAAAAAUAAUAAAUAAAAUAAAAUAAAAAUAACGAAAAACAGUUAUGUCCAAUAUGGAAUUCAAGUCCAAUUGUUAACAGUCUCUUUGCUGAAAAGCUAUAUCAUAAUAGCUGUAAAUGAAAUAGAUGGAUAGUCUUUUAAAAUCUUUGUUUGUAAGCUAAUUCAGUUCACUCCAGUUAUAGAUGAACUGGGAUCUAGAUACUGAAUUAGUUAUUUAGUAUAGUACAAUAUAACAAUAUAUAUGGUCCUUAUAAUUGUAACAUUGUAUCUUGUACCAGAGAAUAAAUAACUAACUGACAGGCUAUAUAAAGUAGCCUUUAGUUUUAAUACUGUUACUCCUAAUAAUAGGAAAUAAAGUGAUGAGAUAAAAUAAGAUCCAAGUGCUAAUACAGAAAAUUAUUCCAAGUAUUGAUAUAUUAAAAAAAAAUGGAUUUAUUGUAAGAUAAACUUGAAAUAAAGAUUAAAAAGCAAAAAGUUGCACUCACAUUGAUUAAAAGUUAUGCUGAAUAUGGAGCCAGAGGAUGGUGUAAGCAGCUGAAAAAAAUAGACUGUCCGCUCAUCAGAUGUAAAGUGAAUGAUUUUCAAGCCGCGUGCAUUCCACCAAAUUCUCCCUGUUGAUUAAAAGUUUUGCCGAAUAUGGAGCCAGAGGAGGGUGUAAGCAGCUUAAAGAAAAAAUAGACUGUCCGAUCAUCAGAUGUGAAGUGUAUAGUUUUCAAGCCGCAUGCGUUCCACCAAAUUCUCCGUCUGCGUUCCAGAUGCAAAUCAGCAGUGUUGCGGUAGAUGCCGGAAAGAUGCCGAAAAGCAGUGAAAGUGUAUAGUUUUCAAGCCGCGUGCGUUCCACCAAAUUCUCCGUCUGCGUUCCAGAUGCAAAUCAGCAGUGUUGCGGUAGAUGCCGGAAAGAUGCCGGUAGAUGCCGAAAAGCAGUGAAAUGUCGUUCUGUCGUUCUGAAUAUCGUCCUUACGCGUUUCGUGAGGCUUAGCUCACUUCAUCAGAGGAUGUCUGAUUGAGGUUUCUUGUGGGUUUAAAUAGCCAGCAGAACUUCUGGUUUAUGUUAACCCCUUAUGGUUAAUGUUAAAUAUAGCACUGGAUUCAUUCAAUAGUACAAUCAUAUACAAUAAAAGAUUUUUACAAUGUUUUGGAAUUUGAACAAAAAAGAUUAUAAUACAUAUUGGACCUAUAUAUACUACUCAUUAAAAAAGAGAUAAAUAACAUAAUAUAUUUUUUAAAAGAUUAUAAAAGAUUCACAUAUUAAAAUAUAUUGUCAUAAAAAUAAUAGUAUAGUUAAACAGUUCAUAAGGUAUUUGAUACUUGAUUAAAACUCAUUUAUUUUAAAAAUUUAUAUUUAAAAAAUUAUUAAUCAUUUGAAGAAAAAAAAAAUGUAUUAAUUAUAAAACAGCUGUUAAUUCAAAAUCUACAUUUAAACCAUUGGGUUCUAGCGUGUCUAACUGAAAUAUCCAUUUGGCUUCUGCUUUAUCUAAUUCUUUUUCUAAAUCUCCUCCUCUCCAUGGAAUAUUUAUUUUUUGAAUUGCCAUAAAAAUAAGUCCCUUAGGAUUCCUUGCAUGUGUGAGAUCAAAGUGUUUCGAAAGAUUAUGUGAAUUGAGUCCAUUUUUGAUGUUUCUAAUAUGUUCUCCCAUUCGUGUUUUAAAAGCCCUUUUAGUACGUCCCACAUACAUUUUAUCACAGGGACAUUUUAAUAAAUAAAUUACUCCAAUAGUUUUACAAUUUAAGUGUGAUUUUAUUUUAAAAAUUUCAUUUGUUUGUGGGUGACUGAAUUCUAUAAUACUUGUAGAUCGAUUUGGUUAUUUAUACAUGCUUGACAUUUUUUACAUUUCCAAAAGCCUGCUAGAUUUUUAAGAGUGGUAGUUUUAUUUUGCUUUGGUUUUUCUUGUUUUGUUGUGGGUGCUAAUAAUAAACCCAGAUUGGGGGCUUUGGAGUGUAUUAUUCGAGGUUUAUUACUUAAUAUUCGUCCUAAUUGGGGAUCUCCUUUGAGAAUAUUCCAAUUUUUUUGUAGAAUAUUUCUAAUUUGAUGGGUAUGACUAUUAUACCUUGUUAUAAAAGUGGGAGCUUCCAAAUUGGAUGAAUCUUUAUAUGACUUCGUUGCCAAAAUAUGGUCUCUAGAUAAAAGGGAGGUCUUAGUUAGAGCUUGAUUUAAAAUUUUACUUGAAUAGCCUUUUGCUUGGAAUUGUGCUGUCAUCAUUUUAGUUUGUUCGACACAGAUUUUGGGUUCAGAACAAUUUCUUUUUAUCCUUCUAAACUGGCUAAACGGGAUAUUGUUUAGCCAUGUUCUUUUAUGAAAACUAUUGUGAGGAAUAAAACUGUUACAUGCUAUUGUUUUUCUAAAAGUUUUAGUUUCCAAUUUGUUAUUCUGAAUAUAAAUUUCAAGAUCUAAGAACUCGAGUUUUUCUGUGGAUUGGUUAAAAGCAAAUUUUAAAUUAUAAGGGUUAAAAUUUAAAUAUUCCUUAAAAUUUUCCAACAAUUCGAUAUCUCCCUUCCAGAUAAAAAUACAACCAUCUAUAUAGCGAUGCCAUGAGACCUCAAGUAAAAUUUUAAAUCCCUUUUAUCUAGAGACCAUAUUUUGGCAACAAAGUCAUAUAAAGAUUCAUCCAAUUUGGAAGCUCCCACUUUUAUAACAAGGUAUAAUAGUCAUACCCAUCAAAUUAGAAAUAUUCUACAAAAAAAUUGGAAUAUUCUCGAAGGAGAUCCCCAAUUAGGACGAAUAUUAAGUAAUAAACCUCAAAUAAUACACUCCAAAGCCCCCAAUCUGGGUUUAUUAUUAGCACCCACAACAAAACAAGAAAAACCAAAGCAAAAUAAAACUACCACUCUUAAAAAUCUAGCAGGCUUUUGGAAAAGUAAAAAAUGUCAAGCAUGUAUAAAUAACCCAAAUCAAUCUACAAGUAUUAUAGAAUUCAGUCACCCACAAACAAAUGAAAUUUUUAAAAUAAAAUCACACUUAAAUUGUAAAACUAUUGGAGUAAUUUAUUUAUUAAAAUGUCCCUGUGAUAAAAUGUAUGUGGGACGUACUAAAAGGGCUUUUAAAACACGAAUGGGAGAACAUAUUAGAAACAUCAAAAAUGGACUCCAUUCACAUAAUCUUUCGAAACACUUUGAUCUCAUACAUGCAAGGAAUCCUAAGGGACUUAUUUUUAUGGCAAUUCAAAAAAUAAAUAUUCCAUGGAGAGGAGGAGAUUUAGAAAAAGAAUUAGAUAAAGCAGAAGCCAAAUGGAUAUUUCAGUUAGACACGCUAGAACCCAAUGGUUUAAAUGUAGAUUUUGAAUUAAGAGCUGUUUUAUAAUUAAUACAUUUUUUACAUUUUUUUUUUCUUCAAAUGAUUAAUAAUUUUUUAAAUAUAAAUGAUUUUUAAAAUAAAUGAGUUUUAAUCAAGUAUCAAAUACCUUAUGAACUGUUUAACUAUACUAUUAUUAUUUUUAUGACAAUAUAUUUUAAUAUGUGAAUCUUUUAUAAUCUUUUAAAAAAUAUAUUGUUAUUUAUCUCUUUUUUAAUGAGUAGUAUAUAUAGGUCCAAUAUGUAUUAUAAUCUUUUUUGUUCAAAUUCCAAAACAUUGUAAAAAUCUUUUAUUGUAUAUGAUUGUACUAUUGAAUGAAUCCAGUGAUCGGACAGUCUAUUUUUUCUUUAAGCUGCUUACACCCUCCUCUGGCUCCAUAUUCGGCAAAACUUUUAAUCAACAGGGAGAAUUUGGUGGAAUGCACGCGGCUUGAAAAUCAUUCACUUUACAUCUGAUGAGCGGACAGUCUAUUUUUUUCAGCUGCUUACACCAUCCUCUGGCUCCAUAUUCAGCAUAACUUUUAAUCAAUGUGAGUGCAACUUUUUGCUUUUUAAUCUUUAUUUCAAGUUUAUCUUACAAUAAAUCCAUUUUUUUUAAUAUAUCAAUACUUGGAAUAAUUUUCUGUAUUAGCACUUGGAUCUUAUUUUAUCUCAUCACUUUAUUUCCUAUUAUUAGGAGUAACAGUAUUAAAACUAAAGGCUACUUUAUAUAGCCUGUCAGUUAGUUAUUUAUUCUCUGGUACAAGAUACAAUGUUACAAUUAUAAGGACCAUAUAUAUUGUUAUAUUGUACUAUACUAAAUAACUAAUUCAGUAUCUAGAUCCCAGUUCAUCUAUAACUGGAGUGAACUGAAUUAGCUUACAAACAAAGAUUUAAAAAGACUAUCCAUCUAUUUCAUUUACAGCUAUUAUGAUAUAGCUUUUCAGCAAAGAGACUGUUAACAAUUGGACUUGAAUUCCAUAUUGGACAUAACUGUUUUUCGUUAUUUUUAUUUUAUUUUAUUUUAUUUAACUAAUUAUUAUCUUUAAGGCAUUUACUAUUCCUGGAUAUUUUAUUAAUUUUACAAUUAAUUUUUCUUUUAUAUGUAUAUUUUGUGCAUUGAGCUUUAUAAAAAAAAAAAAAAAAAAGAUUUUGCAAAUAAAUAAUAAACAUAAUUUUUUCUAAAAUGGUAAAUAUACAGAAUAUUGGUACGUUAUCGGCUAUCUGCCUGAAAGUUCACAGAUUAUCUGUCUCUGCUCUAAAAAAAAAAAAAAUCAAUAUUGGUCGAUUCCCUACUAAAUCAAACAUCAAACAAAUGUGUAGGCUAUCUAUUAGGGAUUGAUUUUUUUUUUUUUUUUAAGAGCCAAUACCGAUAAUCUGUGAACUUUUAGGUCAAUAGCCGAUAACUUACCAAUACAGAUAUUUUGUACAUUUAACGUUUUGAACAAAGAAACCAUUUCUACACUAAUAUUCUGUUUACUGAACAUGUUUAUUUACUAUUUUAAUUAAGUGGUAAAUGCACAAAAUAUACACGCCGGUCAGUUUUUUUUUUUUUUCAAGUAUAUUUUGUGUUCCUCUCCCCUUCCUUUCCCUUAGUGUACCUCUCCCAUCCCCUUCCUUUCCCUUAGUGUACCACUCCCCUCCCUUUCCCUUAGUGUACCCCUCCCUUACCUGUCCCUUAGUGUACCCCUCCCUUCCCUGUCCCUUAGUGUACCCCUCCCUUCCCUGUCCCUUAGUAUACCCCUCCCUUCUCUGUCCCUUAGUGGCCCUCUCCCCCUGUCUUUUAGUGUGCCCACCCCCGUCAGUGGUCCUCUCUCCUCCCUGGUGUGCCUCAUUACCUCUCUUGUAGUGUAGCGGAGCGGACCGCUGUACUUGAGCUUCUGAUUCCUAUUCCCGGCUGGACUGACACAAAGUGCUCUCUCCGUGAGCACUUACUGUCAGUCCGGCCGGGUACAGGAAACUGAAGCUCCUAUACCGCGGUCAGCUCUGCCCCACUCGACCACGCUACACUGAGUAACUCUUAAGGGGAGUGCUGUGCGCUUCCUUCCUGCUGGUCUCUCAAUUUUUGCGCCCCCCUCUCCCCCCCAGAGCAGGUGCGCCCUAAGACAGCCUAUGCCGCCUUAUGGACACGCCGGCCCUGCAUGCGCUGGGCCACCGGCGUCUUUCAUAUUGUCAGCAAUAUCUUUAUCAGUAGUGGCCGAUACUGAUAUUUGACGACAUCUGUAAUAUCGGCUGAACCGAUAAUCUUUCUAUCCGUACUAUGUAUAUUGACACUCGAGGAUUAUUUUUAUAUUGGGCUCUCAAUAAUACUCUACCAGUAAUGCAAAAACAACUUGCAUAGAGCCAAACCCUAUUCUUUCUUUUACAUUUUGAAUCUGGAUAAUUAACAUCAAUGGCAUGCUUGAGCUGAAUAUUACUAUUAUUUUAUAUGUUAUGAUAAUUGGAGCUGUCAAAUGACUUACCCAAAUAUUUUUAAAAGUUUUCUAUACAAUUCGAACAUAAUCUUCACCACAAUGCCAGGAGAAAAAAGAAAAUCUGUGGCUUUCACAAUUUCUGCAGUGAUCAUCCAUUUUAAGGCUUCAUAGAUCAGGGGCAUUAUGGGGCAUUUAUUUGGCCUUUGAGGCAGUAGAAUCGUAUUGUUCCAAGAAGCAGGCCUAUACAAUCAGCUGGUUUCCUUUAGCAGAUUAUCCCCCAUAUAAACAGUCCGGGAUACAAAACCAUGUGCCUCAUAAUAUAAAUGUGACUUCUAAUUGGAUAGAUUGUGUGUUAAGAAUCAAAAUAUUGUUAACUAUGUUAAAGCACUUUUUGAGAGAUGCACUUGUGUGAUAUAAGAUAAGUGGACACAACACUUUAUGCACUUCAAUGCAAAAUAGUUUGGAAUAUUGAUAGAAUUUUCUUUAAGUAGAAAAGUAAGUAAAAGGUCCUGCUCCCGAUCCACGAAUCUCCUGAUUCUGUUAUCUAGAAAUGUAAGGACACUGGGUGGAAUGCACGGAAGUGCGACAUGAACCUCGACCAGGAAGUAUCCAUAAAGUGGUUGAACGCACAAUUAACAUAAAUGGAACACAAGCGAACCAAAAUGGCGUUGGAGAGAAAGCAAAGCACCGAAAUCUGCAUACAGCUAGAAGAGGGAGGAGAAUUUCAACGAAGAAGCAAAGAUCAAUCUGUAAAAAAUAUAGGAAUCAGGAAGGGAUUGGUGGAGUAAGGGUCAUGCCCCUUAAAACACCUGUGGAAUAUUGGGACUGUCCCUUUUUAAGUGAAGGAAUGUAUGGAAAGGGGAGACUGAUAUACUUUUUCUGUUGGCAUUUUGUUAUUUUAAUGUUUUAAAUUUUAUUGGUCCUUGAGGAAGUUUCCUCAGAGGAACGAAACCUGUAGACCUGUUGUUUUAAAUUAUUUACAUUUUGCAAGAAACCAACGUUUACAACCUACCUGGAACCCGGUUCCUGUUUGUUAAUAGUAGUACCCAAGGGAGAUCCUGAUCCUGACAAGGACCAAAUGGAUACUUUGUGAAGUUCCUGAAAUUUCACUGGAGUCUAUGAGUGCCAUCAGAGCAACUAUUAAAUUGAACGAUACUACACAGUGUUGUACUAUGUUUUUUUUAUUUUAUAUAUUUUAUUCACGUGUAUCCCGCUGUUUUUCGUUUUGAUCUAUUUUGUCUAUACAAGAUUACUAUAUAGGGAAGUUGAUUUGUUUUUUACCCUCCCUUAUUACUUAUUUUUGUAUUCGGGAUGUGUGUUUGCACAUUUGAUUUUCCUUUAGCAGAUAAAUUUGUAGCUCUACUUACUGAAUGGCAAUAUAUGCAGAACUACUAAUUACUUAAAGGGUAUUCAGGCCAUUAUCUUUAUAGUGUGACCAUAAGGAAGGAUAUUGCUUACUAGGUCAUUGUCAAAAUUGCUUUGUCCUCUAUCAACCACUGGGUUUCAGAAGUCCAACAGCAAGGACAUUUCUUGGUGUUGGAAAUGCUCUGUCUUUCACCUGCAGAUCCUCCUCUGCCAUCUUGGUCUUGACUCUGCACUUGCAAUCUGACCAAUGCAUUCAGAUGACCUCCACCAUCGUCAUCCUUGCACCACAUCUGUUCAAAGCAUCCUCCAUGUUUCUCCAUAAUUGUCAAAUCCAUAAUAGUGACAUACCUGCGAAUAGGAUAGCCAGCUCUUAAAGGUUGCCUAUUGCCUCAGCAAUAUGUUCCCUAUGACUUGCCAGUGCUUCCCUACCCUUCCCCCCCCCCAAAAAAAACAACACUCUAAAACACUGUCAAUCAAACACUGUUAGUUUAUUUAAAUGUUCUGUAAUGUAAAAAUAAUGUAGAGUUAGUGUGACCUGUAUGAAUGUGUGUGUGCAAGAGAGUAAAAAAGUUAUAUAUGCCAGACAAGAACCUUACCUAACUCACCAUAAUCACUAAGCCAGAAAUCUACUUCCGGCAUCUCUAGCCCUGUGCUCUAUUGUGCAAAGGACAAAGCACAGACAAAUGAUUGCGGUGUUCAUAAUGUUUAUAUAGAGGAUUUCAAUGAAAUUGACAUGUUAACUUGAUGGGCCAUGAGUUUUUUUUUUUUUUUCUUUUGCAAUUUGACAAUGUUUAUUAGUUUUUGGGGUACAGAAAGGAAAACUCGGAGGGGGAAAGGGCAUAUGGUUCUGACAUCACACCAGCUCAGAUUACAUAAUCAAUGUACAAGACAAUAUCCAUUGUAUAGCGUGUUUCAAACAGCGCCCCUAGACCACUAGGUUACCAACCCAUUGUUCUCCUUCAUGUGCCUUGCGUCUCUGCUGUUAGUAGGAUCUAUGUGGCGGAACUUUGUAAUGGACAGGGAGGGCAUAUGCCCAGGUUCUCUUUAUUGUUGGGUUUAUUUAUUGUUCCAUCCCUGUUUGUCUCGGAGGUGGGUAGAGGUCCGUAGGGGAACCUGUUUGUCGGAGUAUGAGGGUGUACAGCAGAACACCCUUUUGUAACCCUAUGGGGAAGAUGUUGCUGCCUUCUAAUUAUCCUAGUGCAGGGUUUUGUCAUUGAGUGCAGAUGUAACGCCGUAUAUGCACUGUUUCCAAGGCCCUGUUAGUACUGGUGUGGCUGAUCAGACCCUUGUGGGUCAGUCUCAUAAAGGGGGGGGGGGCCUCAGGAGGUCUAUCUCGGAUAAGAUGUGUUGGUGGUCUUGUUGUUUGCAAGGUCAUAUCUUUGAUCUGCUGGCCGUAGUGACGAUUUGUAAACCCUGUCUCCGCUUUGGCCUAGAUUUAGAGAUUAGAACUUCUUUCAAUAAUAGGUAAAUGGGGGUGGGGGAUUGAGUUUAUUCUUUAUUUCGCUCUUCUAAGAUUAUUUGGAUAAUUUAUUGGCUGUGAGAUUUGACAGAUGGUAAACUCUGCUGUAAUGCAUGCGAUGGCUCAUUAUGAACGUAAUUUGAUAACUCGAGAAGCCAUUGGCUUCUUAUGAAUGCAUAUUUCUACUGUAUAAAGACUUGGCUAAUUAUCAUCGUAUUUGCUUUAAUUAUCAUGGAGGAUUGAGUUACUUGCUGUCAAGAGGCACAGUCACAACAGUUUACACAUGUGCAUCGUUGGUAUUAAGGAUUAUUCCUAUUUAAGUAUGACAUUACCAAUUGUGCAUUAUCUGGGAUGUUGAUCAUAGAAUAUUUAAGAGAGCAGAGUAGAUUGGAGGGGGAGAGUUGUUAUAGUAGAAGUAGUGGUUUUAGAACAGUUGGAUACUUUACAUUAAAGGGACACUCCAAGCAUGAUAACUUCUGUACCAUGCUAUAGUUGUUAUGGUGCCAGAAGAGCAAUUGCAGCCCCCAUCGUAAACAGUCAAACUAUUCCAAGCCUCCACUACAGUUAUUGGAGAGCCUGUAGCUCUGUUUGAGCUAAGCUCGGCAGUACAUGACUUAACUCAUUGUUUGUGCACGAUAGCUGAUGCUUUCAGCCAUUGAUCCAGCCCUGGAGAGCUAAUGGAAUGUCCCAAGCAGAUGCUUCUGGCUCUACUGGACCUGGGAGAGAAGGCAGGGUGUGGAACCUGAUCACUUCUGAUACCUGAACCACCACACCCCCUUUUAGGGAUUAUGAUGUUUGGAGUGUUAACAUUAUAUACAUACUACACUUAUACAAAUAUGGCAGAGUAUAUGAAGGUUGGGGAAGAAAUGCAGAUGAAGAGGCGUCCAUGGGGCAGGGAGUGGGAGAUGAAGGUGUGUUGCAUGAAGAAAUAAGGGUGGGUAGGGGAACCAGGCACGCAAUUCCAGGAUAGCCAGGAAAGGUUACAUGGAAGUAAAUGCCAGCCACUGGACAGGAGUAGUGGUCCAAGUUCACCUAUGCAGCAAACCUUACGCUGGUCCAGGCCAUUUUGGAGCUCUUUGCCAUGGAAGGACAGUGUGUUGCUGUAACAAGGAGGAGAAAGGCCUGGAGUGCAGUGAAUGUGACCAUGCAUAACGUAGAUGUCAUUAAGAAGCUGUGGGUAGACUGCAGGUGCCAUUUGAAAGUGAAGACGAUCCCAUGCAAGAGGUAUUGGUGGGAUCCCACCACCCUAGAUCACCAUUAAUGAGUGGGAGGAGCUUCUGAGGGUCAACCCAAGACCUGUUUACAUUGCUGGCAUUCCUGCUGACCAUGACCCCAGUGGUCAAGCAUCUUGCAAAUACCAGGUAAGUUUUGCACUCACAAUAUAUGAGCACUUACUGCAUGGUAACUGUACUAUAUUCUACCACACAGGCCUAACAAUUCUAGGAUCUGUUAAAAACAUGCAGUUGCUAGCACUUAGCAGGCCUCUGUGGCCAGUUUUUAAACAAUCUUUUUUUUUUUUUUUAAUAUAGUAUUCCAUCUACCAAACAGGAAACUUUAAAACCCCUAUGGCAAAUGUUGAUUUUCAAGUCACUGUCCAGUGAAUACAACCCCUGAGUUUACUAAAUAUAUAUGGUGAGACCAGAGUAUGUAAAACCUAAUUGUUAAUUUUCAAAAACUGUAUAUGCACUUCAUAUUUUAAAUUGUGUUUUCAAUUUGUUAGUGGGAUUUCAAGUGUCAAAAGUAAAAGGAAAAAAAAGCAAGUUGUAAAGUUAUAAAACUUUAGAUCAGUACUGGUAGGAAGGAAGAUCUAUCCACUGCUGAGCACACCCUACAUCAGAGGUAAGCAACCUUCAGCAUCUCCUGAUGCUUUGCCAGCGUUGUGGCAGUAGGAGCAUUAUGGGAAAUGGUAGUCCACAACAUCUUGAGUGCCAAAGGUUGCCUACCGCUGCCUUACAUAUUUAAAGUAGUUGAUGUAAUGUCAUCCAACUGCUACUGUACACUCUUGUCCUCCAUUGUGUGAAGACAUAGGAGCUAUAAGAUGUGGGAUUAUUUACUAAACUGGCAAUUGGAGAGAACGGAUAAGUGUAUUGCAAAUUGUAGACCAUAAUAAUGGAUUUGGUCAUUUUCUCCAACCCAGCUAUUGUUCCAGAUUUGAUACUCUGGUCCCUUCAAGAUGUGAAGUUUUCUUAUGAAUUCACCACAAUGCCUGGCUUGUUGAAUAAACCUAUAGGUCUUUGCCUCAUGAUUAUUAUUUACAUAGCGCCAGCAAAUUCCAUAGCUCUGUAUAGUGGGAAUUCCGUACCGCUAUACAAUGGGUGUGUGAAUAUUGCAAAACCAUACAUUUAUUCCUUUACCACGUAAUUGAGUAAUGCUGAGGCUACUCACAGAAUAAUCUUUUAAGAACAGCACAUACUUAAAUAAUUUCUAUCAUGCAACAAAGCGUGUACAUUUUUCAAAUGCAAGUUCAGAAUAGUAGAGAUCUAAUUAGUCUUUUAGUAAAUAUGUAUUUUUCCCUGCAGGUUCUUCACCAUCUAGUCAGGAAGGCCAACGGUAUCCGCACAACAGGCACUGGGACAUUGCCCUAUGCCCAACUUGGCAUUGUAACUCAUGGUCUGUAGUGUGUCCACACCACAGUCUCCACCAUCCGCAUCAGGUAGACUGCCUUCAUAGCCUUUACCUACUGCAUCCACCAGGUCUCCAACAACCAGCCAACUCUGAGAAUGAUUUUAACAUACUAUAGCAACAGAUAUGUGCAACAGCCCAUGAGCAUAAGCAGCAGACACAGAUGCAGGCAAGGACAAAGCACUCAGUGGAGGCCUAUUUUCAGGAUUCUUUGGCUCAUCAACUGGCAACGCAAAGCAGAAUCUUGGUCCGUGGAUAGGGCGUUUACUUCUCAAACCUGCCACCAUAAAGAGACUUGCGGGGCCUCGCCCAUCAACUGCAUUUUGCAGUGCCGUCCCAUGUGUUAACCCUACAUCAUCUGCUUGCACUACCAUGGCAACUGUGUACAAUACCCUCCCUGAAAAAGGAGAUCCUCCACCCCUCCCCAGUUCAACUGCCCCUCCUGUCCCCAUGUCUUUUUUUUUUUUUUUUUUUGCUUUAGCAUUGAGGGCCGGUGUCAAUCUAAAGUUUAUUUAUUGUUUAUAAAACAUUGCUGUAAAUGUUCAUUUGUGUUCAAUAAGCUACCAUUGCUCUCAGCACAAGUGAUGAAUGCUUGUUUGCUGAGUUUAGUGGGAUUUUAUGUUUACAUACAGAAAAAGAAACUCCAAUUUGUAUGUGCAUUCAUUGGUUUUACAUUGACAGACCGCUUCAGAAUACCCAGAAUUUAAUGUGCACUUUACACAUAAAAUUAAACGAUAAAACCAUCCAUCUAACCAUGCUGGUUGUACACAUGAUCAUGGCACACAUAGCCGAUCAGAAUACAGUAUCAAUGAGAAAAUGCUGUUCAUGCUCAUACAUGGUAUAUGUUUAUGGUAAAUAAUAUUUGGAUUUAUCCCAGCAACAUAGAUUGACGCCAGGUUUACAAUAUCUGCAUUUAUGGGUACCAUACACGAUAUCACAAUGAGGAACAGUAAUGGAUCAUGCCAUUCACAUCUUCUACUAUCUCAGUUCAGCAUUUCAACACCUUUUUUAUAUGCUGUUGAUAAAAAUGAAGGCACAAUUUAAACAAUAAGCAAUUAUGCCUGGAAUAAACAACCCCAUACAUGCUAAUUAUAACUUGGAAAAUUCUGUCCCACCCCUCCCAAAAAAACUACUUUCAGGCCUUUUUAAAAAAAUACAUUAUUUGAUAAGACAACAGAUUCGCAUCUAGCGGUUUGUACUGACAUAUAUACAUAUAUAUAUAUAUAUAUAUAUAUAUAUAUAUCUGUAUAGUACUAUCAUAUCCCCUCUAAAGAAAACAAAUACUGUUUUUCCAGAUCUUUCUACAUCAUCACCCUAAUUAAUUUUCCCGUUUGCGUCUGCACUUUUUUUAGUUCUGCAAUAUAUUUAUUUGAAACUAUUGCCCAGAAUUGCACCACAUUUUCAAGAUGUGGUCUUAUCAUUGAUUUAUGAAUCGACAAAAUUAUAUUUUGAUCAUGUGAAUCAAUGCCCCUUUUUAUACACUGCUCAAAACAAUUUAAGGGAACACAUAAACACAAUGUAACUCCAAGUCAAUCACACUUCUGUGAAAUCAAACUGUCCACUUAGGUAGCAACACUGAGUGACCAUCAAUUUCACAUGCUGUUGUGCAAAUGGGAUAGGCAACAGGUGGAAAUUAUAGGCAAUUAGCAAGACACCCCCAAUAAAGGAGUGGUUCUGCAGGUGGUGACCUCUAGUGGUAGCAUGAGACGGAGUCUACAACCCAUACAAGUGGCUCAGGCAGUGCAGCUCAUCCAGAAUGGCACACCAAUGCCAGCUGUGGCAAGAAGGUUUGGUGUGUCUGUCACCGUAGUGUCCAGAGCACGGAGGAGCUACCAGGAGACAGGCCAGUACAUCAGGAGACGUGGAGGAGGCCGUAGGAGGGCAAAACCCCAGCAGCAGGACCGCUACCUCCACCUUUGUACAAGGAGGAGCACUGCCAGAGCCCUGCAAAAUGACCUCCAAUAGGCCACAAAUGUGAAUGUGUCUGCUCAAACGGUCAGAAACACUCCAUGAGGGUGGUAUGAGGGCCCGACGUCCACAGGCGGGGGUUGUGCUUACAGCCCAACACCGUGCAGGACGUUUGGCAUUUGCCAGAGAACACCAAGACUGGCAAAUUCGCCACUGGCGCCCUGUGCUCUUCACAGAUGAAAGCAGGUUCACACUGAGCACAUGUGACAGACGUGACAGAGUCUGGAGACGCCGUGGAGAAUAUUCUGCUGCCUGCAACAUCCUCCAGCAUGAUCGAUUUGGCAGUGGGUCGGUAAUGGUGUGGGGCAUUUCUUUGGGGGGUCGCACAGCCCUCCAUGUGCUCGCUAGAGGUAGUCUGACUGCCAUUAGGUACCGAGAUGAGAUUCUCAGACCCCUUGUGAGACCAUAUGCUGGUGCGGUUGGCCCUGGGUUCCUCAUAAUGCAAGACAAUGCUAGACCUCAUGUGGCUGGAGUGUGUCAGCAGUUCCUGCAAGACGAAGGCAUUGAUGCUAUGGACUGGCCUGCCCGUUCCCCAGACCUGAAUCCAAUUGAGCACAUCUGGGACAUCAUGUCUCGCUCCAUCCACCAACGUUACGUUGCACCACAGACUGUCCAGGAGUUGGCAGAUGCUUUAGUCCAGGUCUGGAAGGAGAUCCCUCAGGAGACCAUCCGCCACCUCAUCAGGAGCAUGCACUGGCGUUGUAGGGAGGUCAUACAGGCACGUGGAGGCCACACACACUACUGAGCCUCAUUUUGACUUGUUUUAAGGACAUUACAUCAAAGUUGGAUCAGCUUGUAAUGUGUUUUUCCACUUUAAUUUUGAGUGUGACUCCAAAUCCAGACCUCCGUGGGUUGAAAAAUUUGAUUUCCAUUUUUUUAUUUUUGUGUGAUUUUGUUGUCAGCACAUUCAACAAUGUAAAGAACAAAGUAUUUCAGAAGAAUAUUUAAUUCAUUCAGAUCUAGGAUGUGUUCCCAUUUUUUUGAGCAGUGUAUAUUUACAGCACUUUACUAGACUUGCAAUGGCAGCUAGACAUUGUACACUGUUGUCUAGUUUAUUUAAAAUUGUUCCCAAGUGCUUUAAUGUUAUCCAUAACUUAACCCUAUUUAGGUGGCUUGAGGGUUCCUUAUCCCAAAAUGUAUGACUUUGCAUUUAUUCAUAUUGAAUCUCACCUGCCACGUGCCCAGUUACCCAUUUUGAAUAGAAGUUACAUCAUGUUCCAACAAUAUUAUCUUGCAUAGAUUUGUGUCAUCCACAAACAUUGAUACAUGACUUUCAACUUUUACUUCAAGAUAAUUUAUAAACAGAUUAAAGAGAAGUGGGGCCAGGAUCCAACCCUGAAGCAUUUCAUUUACCACUUUUGUCAAUAUAAAGAACAAGAUUGGCUAUCUAAUCCAACUGAUUUCAACUUUAAUAGUAACCUUUUGUUUCGAGCUGUAUCAAAUGCUUUGUAAAAAUCCAAGAAGAUCACAUCCACUGGAACACCCCAAUUCAUUCAUAGAACUCAAUUAAUUUAGUUUGGCAUGGCCUGUCUUUCAUAAAACCAUGUAAUGAUAUCGUUGUUCAAAAUAAUUUCUUGAAUAGUCUUGCAUAAUCACCUUUUACAUGAUUUCCCAACCGCAGAUGUUAUGCUCCCAGGUCCGUAGGUUCUGGUUUAAAAUAUAACUUUUUUUUUUUUUUUUUAAGUUAAAUAUGGGCACCACAUCUGCUUUUCUCCAAUCCCCGGUUUGAUUUCUGAAAGAAAAGAAUCAUGAAUGAUUAAAACCAGUGGUAUUGAAAUUUCUAGAAGUUCAUAUACACUCGCCAUCAGCGGUUUAACCAUUCUUGAAAGGUUUAACCACAAAGCUGCCUCCAGCACCGAUAUCCAUUCCCCCCCAGGCGGCAUUUGGCUUCUGAACCUUCACAGCCAAUCGGUGACUCCUCAUUCACAAGGGCCAUGCGCACAUCCAGCUUCACUAUUGGAAAGCAUUGAAUCAGUUUUACUCAGUUACUGCGUCAGAAAGCUCCUUUAGUGGCUGUCGGUAUGAUAGCGAAUAGAGGUGCGUUUAACCCUGCAAUUUAAACUUUGCCGUUUCUCCAAAACAGCAAUGUUUUUGCAUUGUAAGUUUAAACCUACAGGACCACUACACACAGGUCUUUUCAUUUAGAUGAAGUUACCUGGGUGAUUUUAGUGGUGUAAUAUCUGUAAACGUUUGAUAUAUUUUAAAUAUAGUUGUAUCAAAUAUAGUUGAUACAUCUCUUUAGGUUUGGAGUUUCUACACAGUCUUCUGUUAGGGAGAUUAUGUGAAAAUAAGCUGUAAAUGCUGUUUCUGCCUUGUGAAUAUCUAAUUGGAUGCAGUGAUGAACUUUUCUGUUUUUGACAUUCCAAUAAGAAAAUGUAAAUACAUAGGUUGCUAACCUUGUAAUUUUGCUCCUUUUUAAAGUUUUUCCAAAUUAAUUUCAGAUCAUCGUUCCUGUGCUGAAACUGGGCUAGAACUCAUGAGACCAUAUCUGCAUGAAUUCCUUACCUCUGCUUAUGAAGACUAUGACAUUGUAAUAUGGUGUAAGUUUUUUUUUCUGCAACAAUUGUUGUUGUUAGAUUAACAUUUUUAUAAUUGAACCUUGUUCUUUGCAAUACCAUACUUUUUUUUGUUUUCUUGUUAAAUGUACUGAGUGUCCAACAUAUUAAAUGACCUCUAUAGGCACCCAGACCACUUCAGCUUAAUUAAUAUUUAAUGAAGUGGUCUGGGUGCCAGGUCCACCUAGGAUUAAUCCUUUCUGCUGUAAACAUAGCAGUUUCAGGGUUAAAGGUUAGGGUUAAUCCAGCCUCUAGUGGCUGUCUCAUUGACAGCUGCUAGAGGAGCUUUCGCGCUUCUCACUGUGAUUUUCACAGUGAGAAGACACCAGCGUCCAUAGGAAAGCAUUGCAAAUGCUUUCCUCUGAGACUGGCUGAAUGCGCGUGCGGCUCUUGCCGCGCAUGCGCACUUAGCUGAUGACGGGGAAAGGAAGAGGAGAGUCUCCAGCACCGAGGGACCCUGGCGCUGGAGACAGGCAAGUGUUUAAUCCCUUCCUCUCCAGCCAGCCCGGCGGGAGUGGGACCCUGAGGGUGGGGACACCCUCAGGGCACUAUAGUGCCAGGAAAACGAGUGUUUUCCUGGCAUAUAGUGGUCCUUUAACUUUCCCAUCAAUUUGAGGAUAGAGAUUUUGAUUGACCUAUUGCAGCGCUCCACAAAAUCUAAAGCAUGGUUGAACCAACUUAGGACCCAGGCUAUAUUUUUCAUAGAUAUAUUGGUUUUGCUGCCCAACUUAUUUUUAAACCUUUCAUAGGCAACUUCAAAACAAAGAUCAACAAAAAACAUCCAAUGUAUACAUACACGAGUCAUAUAUGACACUCUGGCUCCUAACUUUGUCGAGCUCUGAACUUGGUAUAAAGCAUGGCUUGACAUAUCACAGUAUGGAAAUUUGUUAGAUAUUUGAGCUGGCUUAAAAAAGUAUGCCUCAACACUAUCUUAAAGGACCACUAUAGGCACCCAGACCACUUCAGCUCAAUGAAGUGGUCUGGGUGCCAGGUCCAUCUAGUAUUAACCCUGCCUGCUGUAAACAUAGCAGUUUCAGAGAAACUGCUAUGUUUACAUUAGGGUUAAUCCAGCCUCUAGCGGCUGUCUCAUUGACAGCCGCUAGAGGCGCUUACGCGCUUCUGACUGUGAUUUUCACAGUGAGAAGACGCCAGCGUCCAUAGGAAAGAAUUGAGAAUGCUUUCCUAUGGACUGGCUGGCUGCACACACGGCUCUUGCUGCGCAUGCGCAUUCAGCCGAUGACGUCGGGAGGAGGAGAGCGUUCAGCACCGAGGGAGCCCGGCGCUGGAGAAAGGUGAGCAUUUAACCCCCUUCCUCCCCCUUCAGCCCGGCGGGAGUGGGACCCUGAGGAUGGGGGCACCCUCAGGGCACUAUAGUGCCAGGAAAACGAGUUUGUUUUCCUGCCACUAUAGUGGUCCUUUUAAUGGUGUGGCGGUCAUUCAAAUCCGCUGACUGGUUAUAUGUUGAAAUAAAUACAGACCAUAUGCUUGCAUUUUGAAGAAGAUCAUUUAUUUUGUCAUGAAACUAAGUCGAUAACAUUUUGACAGCUUUGCAGGAGUUUUCCAGGCCUUUGUAACAUGCGUACAACUGUAUUAUAAAACCAAGCUAAGAAAUUUGUUGAUAAGUUUACAAUUAAACCCUCCACAUCAUGGGACAUCACUGAGAAGGCAUGAUCUCCUCAAGCGAUGGAUCCAAAACUCCAUGUUGAGAAGCAUUGGGGACCUAAUGCAUAUGUGCGUCAAGCGCCCCAUGCACACAUUUAUUGCAUUUCAUAAGAAGCAUUAAAUUCAAUGCUUUGCUAUAUGCUUCAAUGUUGCAUUACUGUUUUUUUACUCGGUCAGUGCAGUGAAAGCACCUCUUUUAUCUAUCAAUGAUACAUAGCCACUGCAAGCCAUAGCAUACCCACCAGGAGUGAAUCUCUACUUGUGUAUUAGUAUUAACGAGAAGCAAUUUUAAUCCUUGUGUGUGUGAAAUCUGAGUUGGAGGGACUUAAAUGGCCACCAUAACCUGUACAUCAGCUGUUGCUAAGUAUAUUAAUGAUGGAAACAUACACGACUCACAUUAAGAAGAUGCUGGAAAAACUAGACCAAAAUAAGCAAGCUUGCGCAAAAAUAGCUGAAUAACUUUUUCUUUAGUUGAAGAAUGUUUGAAUAUAUUAAAAAUAAAUAAUGUUUUAACAUGUGUUUUUUUUUUUCUUUUUUUAAUUAUUGCUUUGCCUUUUAAGCUGCAACCAGUAUGAAAUGGAUUGAAGCCAAAAUGAAAGUAAGUUACAAGAUCAAUUAUCUGCUUAGCAUGAACUGAAAUAUGCAACUAUAAAGUUAAUUUCUCUGUUUUGAGGAAAUUGAUUAGAAUACCCUUAUUUUUGUUACAACGGCAACGCUCUGAAACUUUAUUGGUACCAUGAAUGUUUCAAGCUUGCUCUUUUUAAAGAAUUAACGUAUGAAGGCACUAAGAGAUGCAGCUCUCGUGAAACACUCGUUACAUACAAUAUUCAUAUCCCUUGUAGCAGUCAUCACAUAUAGAAUCAGGAUUCAACAUUUCCACUUGCCCACUAGCCAUUGCUGAAUGGAAAUUCAGAAUGUGUCAUGUGUUCAUUGCCGGUGACAAAACUUAGUGCUAUUUGAACAGCUUAUUAGUAACAUAAUACUGUCAUAUGCAACCAUCAGGUCUAGAUGUAAACAAUAGAGCAUGGCAUCAUCAAUUUUAAAGGAACAACUCUUUGUCUUUAAUCCCUUGACUUCGUUGUGAUUAAUUUUGAAUUAUAGACUAUGAGAUUAUAUUUUAUCUACCCACUGUACUUUGCUUAAAAAUUUAUUGUUAAAUUAUAUGCUUUAGGUGUUUGGAGAGUUCUUUUUAUCAAAAGGGCAGAUAUUUGGUGUAUUCAUUUUGGAUUGUUGUUUUUUUUUUUUUUUUUUGUCCCCCAAUUUGUAGUUGUUAUGGUACCAAAACUACCUAUUUUUAGAUGAUUGUGUAAUGGAUUUGAUUCUAGUCAUGCACUAAACAAGUGGAAAUAUAUUUUAAAAUUACUUAGCUGACUGUUGUCUUAUUUUUUUUAAAACAUUUUUUGCCUCUAGGAACUGGGAGUCAGUACAAAUGCCAAUUACAAGAUUACGUUCAUGUUGGACAGUGCAGCCAUGAUCACUGUACACACCCCGAGAAGAGGCUUAAUUGAUGUAAGACCCUAUGCUGCCUGUUUAAUUUGUGUUUCUUGUGAGGUUUUAAAGUGGUACCAAAGGGCUGUCUGAGAAUCACAGGAAAACAAGCUAGUAAACAUCUGGAAAACCAUAAUUAACUGUUUGUCUCGGACCACAGAUUGAUAUAUAAUUUCUAAGAAAAUGUGUUUUUGGGGGAAUAUAUCUAUAGCGGCACCUCGCAUUCCCGGGAGUCCCACUUCGGCCUCCAAUGCUCCAUUCACGUCCUGACAACUCGUUCUGCAGUCAUUCAUGACGCAGAAUGCUCACCCAUUGCCCAUUACUAACAAAAUUACAGUCUACACUUUAGGCAUUGUAAAUUAUUAAAGUGUCCCUAGCACCCCAUUCACACUGUGCUGCUUUAGGUAAUGAUGAAGCAUUAGCAUGAGCCGCAGUGAUUGACUGUGACCAUUUUUAGCCUAUUACAUGGCCCAUUUCUGGUAUGAAUUGGUAUGACUCGAAGGAAGUGUGCAAUCUCUCCUCUAGCCAUACCUCCAGUGGGGCCUCGGCCAUGGAUGGAGAAGCAGCACCAGUGUACUGCAGGCGCUAUAACCAGUUCAAUAUGAUGAAAUGUUGUAUGUAGUACCUAGAGUGUCCAUUUAAGCUAGGUUAUGCACACAACAUUUUUUUUUCUUCAAUUUGACCAUUUUUAUUUUAUAAACAAAAGGGCAGCAAAGUUAUGGCACAUAUUACAGUGUGUACAAGUACAGUAUUACAGAUAAAGAGAAAGUGUGUUACACGUAGUCACAACAACAAUAGUAAAUAAAACAGUAGUACAGGUAGAAGGGUGCCCAAGGGAGCUGCCAGUGAGGCGAGAAUCUUCAGAGUAGUUUGUCAUGGGUAGGGGUAGAAUAUCUCAGGCUUAAAAUCAGCAUGUUCAGGUGAGUGGGCUAGUCAUGUUACACUGGAGUUGCAUUACUGCAUCAGCAAGACAGCGGGCAUUGACAAUAUGACAUCAACGCACAUUUCAUAGAUGGAACAUCACAAGUAUGAUACAGCAGUAAGAUUUCAACAUUUCAAAUGCAACAUCUUAUUUAUAGCAAUGUGAUGUUUACAAAGUUUGUUCGUAGAUAGAUCAAUGAGUUCUUUGUAAAUUAUAUGCUUCCCCUAGUUAGCUAGGAUAUGCAUUGUGUGUAUGUAUUUAUUUAUUUAUAUAUAUUUUUUUGCCAUUGUUUAGUACAUGCUGCAUAUGAGUUCUCCCUUUCCGUUCAUAUUCUCAAUACAACAUCUUAACUAAUCUUGUGAAGUUGUCCUGAAUUCCUUUUCUCUUAAAGAGGAACUGCAAGUCAUCAAUUUUAGCACAACAAAACGGCUAACUGGACAUUACUGGUUGUGCUCAAAACCUUUUCUUUUCUUAUAAGAAGUAGCAGACUGUUGUUUAGUCCAUAGAAAGCCUAUAUUUUUUAUUGCACAGCAGCUAUUGGUGAAUUCAGCAUGGCACAGCAGCUAUUGGUGAAUUCAAUUUGCAUUGAAAUAGACAUUUAUGAAACAUGCUUUUUUGUCUUCCUGUAUUGCAGGUUAAGCCUCUUGGAGUAAUUUGGGGAAAAUAUUCAGAAUAUUAUAGCAAACACAACACUAUAAUGUUUGACGACAUUGGAAGGAACUUCCUGAUGAAUCCUCAAAAUGGACUAAAGGUAAGCUACGACCAAUUAGCAGGGACUGAUUUAUUAUCUUCUUAUAAUCCAAACUAGCUAUUAGGCAAACAUCAAUUGACUUACUGGCCAGAGUAUGUGCAUGUGAUAUGUCACUUAAAUUUUAGAUGUAUAUGCUUCGUGGGUGUAUGCAUUCCAUAAAUUACUUGAAUGGCUGCAGUAAAUUAUAUCUAUUAUAUCACUAUCAUAAUUAAAGCACAUGAGCAACACUGGUGCCUGUGUUGGCUUGUGACUGUUAGUCCAUCACUGUAUCACAGUGAAGAUUAUAUCACAAACCUGCUAUAGGACAAUGUAUGGCUGAACGGGCACACACUAAAUGAUUCUGUAUCUGCAAUAUAGGUCAUACCACGGUCUUUUUAAUCUGUUAAAGAAACACUCCAGACCUCUAAAGCAAUUGAGCUUGCUGGAAUUCCCUUCUUUCUUAUUUUGUUAUUUUUGUUAAAGUGCUGAAUUCAAAAUAAAUCAACACUUUCAUAAACUCCUUGUUUGCACCCCUCAGCUGUCAAUGGGACAGUUAGGAGGCUUCUCUUCCUUUACUGGUUUGAAGCACUUUUCAAAGCAGAAGGCAACACUGUUCAUAGAGACGAAAUGGUUUUAUUGCUUCUCUAUGAAAAGCAUUUUAUUGAUGCAGGGCAGCAAUUGCUGCAUUUGCCAUAGGACUGCAACGCUUCUCCUUGAGAAGCAUUGGAUCUGCUUGAGAGCUCCUAACUAGUAAGAGCUGCGGCUUAUAAACAGUCUUGUUUCUGGGUUACAGUUAAGUAACUCAGUUUGUGGACAUUUAGUGGCUGUAGAAAACCACUUACCUAGAAUGUAAACUCAUGGGUCCAUCAGCACCCUCUGUUCGUGUGUGUCCAACUUGUCUUGUUGCCUAUACUUGUCUGUUGUAAGGUAGUCUAACAUGCUGCCUUCUGCCCCAGUUACGACAUCCUGGUAUGCAUUUCCAGUGGGGCCAGUCCGUCUCUCUGUUUGCCAGAGAUAUACCCCCUGCAUGGCACCAACUUCCCCCAAGGCAGCCUUCAUUUCCAUGACAAUAUAUGGCAUCAUUGCCUUAUAUGGAAUGGCUUACUGCCUGAUAGAAGUCUGGCAGUGAUACAGAAUAAUAACCCAGUUGUCAUGAGUCAUGUGAGGUGCUCAUGUUUCCUUAGGGCUUUUAAGGGUUUGCAGGAAGCAUGUGAAUUGCUCAGAUUAGGAAUAACAAACCAUCUUCACUGUAGUCUCAGCAAUGUAAACACUGCCUUUUCUGAGAAUUGCUGCCUACAUUACAUUACUGUCUAACGCCAUCUCUAGUUGCUGUCACUUGGAAGAUUGCAGGGCUGACAUUCCUUGUCUCCAUGGUCUUCAUGGAGACGCUGAUAUUUCCCCAUAGAGAUGAAUUGAGUCCAUGCAGAUUGGCGCAGCAUGGCAAUUGGUGCACAUGAAGAAGCAUUUUGAAUAAAUAAUUAUUGAAUAUUAUUGGAUGAUUAUUGCGUAUUGUUGAUCUCAGCCAGAGGAGGCGUGGUGACCUCAGCGACACCAGCAUAUCGGGGGAAAUUACUCUACUAAAUAGCUUUAUUUUAUAUUCUAGGGCUGGCAGCAUUUAACUAGCUAGUAUAAACUCUAGCUAGAGUGUAAAUUUACUCGGAGAUGUAAAUGACAUACACUUUUUAAGUGACUAUUAAAUAUGGAAUUGUUGAAAACACAUUUUCAAAAAGCAAAUUGACUAAUAGUUUUUGAAUUCUAUCACGUCGCUAUGUUGCGUCAACAAAUGAUGUUAGUGUAAGCAGACUAGACUUGUUAUCUGUACUUUACAUAGCUUUCUUGAUUAAGGCAGCAGGUAUGCAGUGAUACUGCUGAAUAACUUUGAGAGAUUGAUAUUGGCCUCCUACUCCUCUUGAGAGAUAAUUAUGUAAUAUUUUUGUUUCUUUCAUCAGAUCAGACCUUUCAUGAAAGCACAUCUGAACCGGGACAAAGAUAAAGAACUCUUGAAACUUUCUCAAUACCUUAAAGAAAUAGCAAAACUAGAUGACCUUUCAGAGCUUAAUCACAAACAUUGGGAAAGGUAAGCAUAGUCUACUCCUGUAUUAGAUAUGAUGAGAUGUAUGAUUUUUUUCUGUGUAUAUACGAAACAGGGAUAGCAAAAAGAUAGCUGUUCCCCACGUCAGAUACAAUUUACAUGAAGGUGACUGAAUGGAAAUGCAUUGUAGAAUAUAUGGUUCUGCAAAACCUGAAUAACUGCUUGUUGACCACUAAUGCGAACAUUUACAGGUUAUCACACUAUGAGAAAAAAGAGAAGAGAAGAAUGAACUGGAAGACCACCAGAAUAGAAUACAAAGGUGGAGCACCUGUUCAUUCAUAAAUCUAUACCUCUCGAAAAUAUAUGUACUAUAUACAACGGGUACUAAGACCUUUAAUAGAAAAAGACAUACAUAUAAAAGUUAUAUAUAUAACUGGCUAUAAAAACUGCCAGAAAGGGAUUCCCCUGAGGGAUAUUUCAAGUGAGUGAGAUAAAUAUUCACAAAAACUAACUAGAACAAAUCCUCAUUGUAGGUUCUAUAAAUUACCUGGCAUAGAAAACACUGUUAUAGAAAAAAACAGAAGAAAAGAUAUUAUGUAUACACAACAGACUUAUCCAGGACUUAAUAUAGAGGCAGAGAGGGGAGAGAGAGGGGAGAGGGAGGGUGGGGGGUAAAUAUAGGGUUAAAUGAAAAGAGUUACCCUGAUAGUAAGCGUGUCCCUAAACGUGGUGAGACAGUUGCAAAUAAGGGUAAAUGUAUUAACAACGUGCAGUAUGAGUAGUAUAAAUGUUAGGCUAAUAACCAGAAAUGUUUGCUGCCAAAAACCUCAAAAUGCACCAUUAAUAUACCCCAGCUGACCCUGAGCUGCUAGCUGACUCCCAAAUUGCCAGGGAGAUAAAAAUAACUACCUGCUGCUUCAAGGCAGCCUAAAGAUUAUCCCUAUUACCCCAACUCCCAUCUGCCUAAACAGACCCUAAACGGUCAUAAAAAGAGCAAAGAGGAUGUCUAGUUAAAUAAGAAAAAAUAAUAGAAAACACAAAAGAAACUCAAAGUGAAUGCAUCGGCAUUGCUAAAUUGCUCGACGCGCGUUUCGUCGUAACUAACCGCCUUUGUCAAGAGUCAGCUCUUGACAAAGGCGGCUAGUUACGCCGAAACGCGCGUCGAGCAAUUUAGCAAUGCCGAUGCAUUCACUUUGAGUUUCUUUUGUGUUUUCUAUUAUUUUUUCUUAUUUAACUAGACAUCCUCUUUGCUCUUUUUAUGACCGUUUAGGGUCUGUUUAGGCAGAUGGGAGUUGGGGUAAUAGGGAUAAUCUUUAGGCUGCCUUGAAGCAGCAGGUAGUUAUUUUUAUCUCCCUGGCAAUUUGGGAGUCAGCUAGCAGCUCAGGGUCAGCUGGGGUAUAUUAAUGGUGCAUUUUGAGGUUUUUGGCAGCAAACAUUUCUUGUUAUUAGCCUAACAUUUAUACUACUCAUACUGCACGUUGUUAAUACAUUUACCCUUAUUUGCAACUGUCUCACCACGUUUAGGGACACGCUUACUAUCAGUGUAACUCUUUUCAUUUAACCCUAUAUUUACCCCCCCCCUCCCUCUCCCCUCUCUCUCCCCUCUCUGCCUCUAUAUUAAGUCCUGGAUAAGUCUGUUGUGUAUACAUAAUAUCUUUUCUUCUGUUUUUUUCUAUAACAGUGUUUUCUAUGCCAGGUAAUUUAUAGAACCUACAAUGAGGAUUUGUUCUAGUUAGUUUUUGUGAAUAUUUAUCUCACUCACUUGAAAUAUCCCUCAGGGGAAUCCCUUUCUGGCAGUUUUUAUAGCCAGUUAUAUAUAUAACUUUUAUAUGUAUGUCUUUUUCUAUUAAAGGUCUUAGUACCCGUUGUAUAUAGUACAUAUAUUUUCGAGAGGUAUAGAUUUAUGAAUGAACAGGUGCUCCACCUUUGUAUUCUAUUCUGGUGGUCUUCCAGUUCAUUCUUCUCUUCUCUUUUUUCUCAUAGUUUGUUGGGGUUAAGCCCCCUAUACCUCUUGUAACCUCUACAGAGUUUGGGGAGUUGAAUAAUUUCAACACCCUAUACACUCUGUUCUUUUUCAGGUUAUCACACUAACCAUGGUAGGCAUCUAUUUUUCAUAAAAGCGCCAUUAGAUCUUGACAAGAGAACUUGGUCACAUAAAGAUAACAAUGCAUAAAAUGCUUCCUCUCUUAAUAUUCAACAUAUCGUAUAAAUAUUGGUUCUAUUUUAAUGAAUGUACCCAAUACGUAAAGGAUAGACCUUUUUGCAUCAUUGUUUGAGUUAAUAUAAUGGAGAGGGUGUCAGGAUCUCACACUACACCUAACACAUUAUUUAAAUUCUUGUAUUUAAAGGGACACUAAAUACACCAAAAUAACUUGUGUAUAGUGUACCUCUCUCUACAUUCUCACUGCUCAAUUCUUUGCUAAUUAGAAAUUAAAUCACUGUCUUCAUGCAUCCACGAUUUUACCUCCCUUGUAUGUGACCUACACGGUUUCCCUACUCAUUUCCUGAAAAGAGAGAUCUAACCUUUAAACUUCCUUUAUUGCACAGUCUAUUUAAUUUUUCUCCCGCUGUUGGUUAAGUUCAGUUAACAGGAGAUCCAAACUUCUAAAGUAAACACGCUGUAGUGUCCUGUCUGAUUGAAAAUGAAACAAUUUUUCAUGUAGGCUUUGUGAGUCCCACCCAGGGGAGUUGUGAUUAGAGCUGUAUAAACAGAAACAAAAGUGAUUUUAACUCCUAAAUGACAAUGGAAUUGAGCAGCUAGACUGCAGGGGCAUGAUGAAUACAUCAAAACUGCUUUAUAAAGCCAAAGGCAUAUUGGAGUUUAGAGUAUCCCUUUAAAUAGUAUCCCUUUAAACACUAGAAAAGCAAGACAGGAGAGGAAAAGUAUAUAUUUUUAUGAAAUAAAUAUAUGAGGCAUAAUUUUGCAUUAAGUCUUAAAGGGACACUAUAGUCACCAGAGCAACUACAGCUUAAUGUAGUUGUUCUGGUGAGUAUAAUCAUUAUAUACAAACAUUUUUAUGCAAACACUGCCUUUUCAGAGAAAAGUCAGUGUUUACAUUGCCCCUAGGGACACCUCCAAGUGACCACUCCUCAGAUGGCCACUGGAAGUGCUUCCUGACUCAAUGCUGCACAGUAAGAAGCACUGUCAUUCAGCCUCUCCACGCUCUGCAUGGGGAUGCUGAAUUUUCCUCAUAAAGAUGCCUCCUUGCUGCUUUUAGCCAAUCCAAUGCUUUCCCCAUGGGGUUUUGCAAACAAGAUAAUAUAUAAGCUAAGUUGACCGCUCCAGUCUUUUCUUCAAAUGAAGGAUCUCUGAUCUCUCAUACUUAAAAUGCUUGCUAUCAAAUUCUUAAAAUGCAGAUGAGGGCUUCACAGGAAGCACGCCAUAUAAUAAAUGUGGCCAGAAGUAAGUGAGGACUUGCAGGCAUAUCCUCAGAACACACAAGGUUAAUACUGAUGGCAAAGGUUUAAUGUAGACAACCUUUCCAACAUUAGCAAUUGUGAAAUGUCUUUAUUUGCUGAUCCAUAGUGGGCGAGGAAUUCCACACAUGCCUUUGUAGCGCAACUGCAUCAACAGUAAAGUAUUUUGUGACCGGAUAUGUUCACUAAUUUAAUUGGUAGGUGUUUACAAUGAUAAAGUAUUUGUUGAUGCACAUUUUUCAAUAAGGCAGAAGUGUUUCCUAGUGGCAAUGAUUGCAAUGACCAGCAGGGGGGCUCAAUUAUAUGAAAUGUCACUCUUGUGAAACCUGUAGAUGCAUGCAACACAAUUCCAAACCACAGGGCCAGCCAUCAGACGUAUCUGUAUAAAUAAACAGAUUCAUCCCUCUCUAUGUGAUGUGUAUAUGGCAAAUAUUUAUCUUCGUUCCACCCUGAGACGUAUGGAAUACGCCUUUUAAAAAUUAGUUUGAGUGUAAAUAAUUCUGAAGAAACAGCUCUUCCUACUAGAACCAUUUAACAGUGAACUCUUUUUAUAACUAUAUAAAGGGAAUUUACACUAAUGAAUAAAACACUGAAAAUCACGUUAAACUGGGUUAGCUUUUUUUUUUUCUUAUAUAGUUAAUUUUUCGCAAAUUACAUUCCAAUCCAGUUCAGGCAAGGCGAAGCCAUGACAAAUCUUGUAGAUGAGAGGGUUAAAAGGAAACAUUGUUUCAUUUUGGCUCUUCUCUGUUUGAUUUUUCUACUGAUCUGACUGCCAGGUGCCAAGGACAGAUGUUAAAAUAAUGAUUGGCAGUAAGAUAAAAUGGAGGUGCACAGUUCCAGGUUAAAGAGUUGAGUAUUUCUACAUUUAAUUUUGGUUUUUACACCUCACAAAUACAUAUUUGUUAAAUAUAGGGAUAAGUAAACAUAAUCUUAGAAAUCCAUGAACAGGACAGUUACCCUUUAAGGGUUUAUUAAUUUACAGACUGUUCUUUCCCCCUUAAUAUUCUAGUUCAUUUGUUUACAGUAAAGUGUGUGUUUUAGGUUGCAUUUGAAUUGAUAGCAAGGUUGUUCUGAUAGUCUGUCAUUAUUUGUGCAUUAUUCCCUACAAUUAAGUUGUGAUGUCAUAAGCAUGUUAUAAAGCUCUACUUAGCACCUACAGUCACCCAGUUGUUUUUUAUUUUACAGAUAUCUUUCUAAGAAGCAAGGUCAAUGACAACAUAUCUCCGUAAAAGGACACAAUGUUUAGAUUUCUGUUACUGUUUUUUUUAUUCAACCCUGCAUGCAUGCUUUUGGAGGUUGAUCUGGCACAUUCCUUUGCUUUCUACUUUUUUAUAUACAUAUAUUUUGGUUCAGUUGAGAUUUUCAGGGUUUAACUGAAUGUUGCCAAGAUGACUUCUUGUUCAAAUGAUACAUUUGCUUUGGCAUGUUAACUGAUCAAUGAAAAUUUCUAGUUUCAAUGCAUCAUCUGUAAUCUGACCAAAUCUCAUUUUUGAUAAUCAGAACUUUUAUUUAUUUUUUAUAUACUGAAAGCUCAGUAAAUACCAUUAUUUUGCAUGUUUAUCCAUUCUCUUCCAAUUUUUAUUUCCUUGGCAAAGAAUUCAUUGGAAUUUUUUUUUUUUUUUUUUUAGUAGUUUAAACAUAUUUUUUUUCUUUUUUUUUGUAUUUUGAAUGGUCUCAUAGGACACGUGUAAUACAAAGGAUCUUUAAUGUAAUUUGCCAGAAAAACUGUCAAUAAAUUGAGAACCAGAGGCAUGGACUUUAAAAGUGGAUAUGAAACCUAUUUGGUUGACUAGAGUUGUUAAUUUUAGUUUUUGUAGCAUCUCUCUGAGAUAUCUUAAUUCCACUAAAUACCUAUAUCUUAAGUCAUUUGAUUAAAAGAAAGAUCUGCAC